AUGAAUAAAAGUACUUGCAGCCUUGCAACUACUUUGAUAGAAAGCCAUGAGAGAACCUGCUUAGGGGAUGUAGAAGUGCCAGUGAUUUUGUGAGGGUCAGGAACAAGUAAGUAACCACCCACAUGCCAGGGAGCAGGGGUUGGCUGUAUAUCAGCAAACAUAAUGAACACUAUGAAUGUAUAGCAUUUUGUCCCAUAAUCUUGCACAGAGCAUUGGUGGUUAUGCUCCUUGGAGUGUCCCUUUGAAGUGCUGUUAUCUUGGACUGCUUUCUAUAGUCUCCAAUCUCCAACUCAAGGUUCUGCUAUUCCCCAUGUAGCCAUGUACAGCUUAGUAGUUUAUUCACUUAAAGGAACACUAUAUAGUCAGGAACACAAACAUGUAUUCCUGACCGCCAUCUGGCACCCACUGCCUCCGUGAAUACAGUCAAAUCUUAAUUAUAUUCAAGUCUGCAGCUGCUGUCUGCCCCGAUCUGCCUGCUUGGCUGACAUCAUCAGAAGUGAUUCUCUGAGCCAAUCACAUGCUUUCCCAUAGGGUUGACUGAGACUGUCAAGAAGGCAGAUCAGAGGCAGAGCCAGCACAAGUCAAUCACAGCCCUGGCCAAUCAGCAUCUCCUCAUAGAGAUGAAUUGAAUCAGUGAAUCUCUAUGCAUGCAGAGGGUGGAGACACUGAAUGUAAGUCACACUGUGCAGCACUGCUCCAGGAAGCAGCUUUCACAGCCAUCUGAGGAGUGGUUAGUAGGCUGUAAUGUAAAAAUUGCAUUUUCUCUGAAAAGACAGUGUUUACUGCAAAAAGCCUGAAGGGACUGAUUAUACUCACCAGAACAAAUACAAUAAGCUGGAGUUGUUCUGGUGACUACAAUGUCCCUUAAACUGCAAAUUGUGGUGAACCCACAAGUGGAUUACCAAAUUUAGUCCAAUCUCUGCUGUUUUGGCCUAAAUUUCACUUUGGCAGUUAAUUUAUCAUUUUACUUUUCAAAGGGACACCUCCAUCAUUAAUCGAGGGGUUGGGGUAUAGUGGUGACUUGACUUUGUUGUUUUUUUUCAAAAGAAUUUGAGAAAAAUUUACAGUUUAAACCCAUAGCCUCCACUAGCAGGCCCUAUUGUAGCAGUUGUCAUGGUUUCACACAGUGUCAUUUAAUAAAAAAAAAAGUAAAUUAAAAUUAAAAUCUUAAUUUCUUGCUUGGUCUCUUCCUGUCUAUAAUCACCAGCAAUUAAGUCUUUGUAUUCUACCUGUAAGCUUGGAAAUGUUAUAUAUGGCUAGCUUGCUGCCCACUCUAUAUAUUGGUAUCUAUAUAUGUAUUAUGCUCACUUAAUAUAUGUUGUAGAAUUGUAGUUCAGCAACAUCUGGAGGUCCGGAGUUCGGGGAAGCCUGCUAUAUAUCGAUAUCUAAAUAUUAUGCGCACUCUAUAUAUUGAUAUCUAACUAUUAUGCGCACUCUAUAUAUUGCUAUCUAUAUAUAUUAUGCGCACUCUAUAUAUAUUGCUAUCUAACUAUUAUGCGCACUCUAUAUAUUGCUAUCUAUAUAUAUUAUGCGCACUCUAUUGAUAUCUAAAUAUUAUGUUCACUCUAUAUAUUGAUCUUUAAAUAUUAUGCGCACUCUAUAUAUUGAUAUCUAAAUAUUAUGCGCACUCUAUAUAUCGAUAUCUAAAUAUUAUGCACACUCUAUAUAUUGAUAUCUAAAUAUUAUGCGCACUCUAUAUAUCGAUAUCUAAAUAUUAUGCGCACUCUAUAUAUCGAUAUCUAAAUAUUAUGCGCACUCUAUAUAUCGAUAUCUAAAUAUUAUGCGCACUCUAUAUAUUGAUAUCUAAAUAUUAUGCGCACUCUAUAUAAUGAUAUCUAAAUAUUAUGCACACUCUAUAUAUUGCUAUCUAUAUAUAUUAUGUUCACUCCAUAUAUUGAUAUCUAAAUAUUAUGCACACUCUAUAUAUUGCUAUCUAUAUAUAUUAUGUUCACUCCAUAUAUUGAUAUCUAAAUAUUAUGCACACUCUAUAUAUUGAUAUCUAAAUAUUAUGCGCACUCUAUAUAUUGAUAUCUAAAUAUUAUGCACACUCUAUGUAUUGAUAUCUAAAUAUUAUGUUCACUCCAUAUAUUGAUAUCUAAAUAUUAUGCUCACUUUAUAUAUUGAUAUCUAAAUAUUAUGCGCACUCUCUAUAUUGAUAUCUAAAUAAUAUGCUCACUCUAUAUAUUGAUAUCUAAAUAAUAUGCACACUCUAUAUAUCGAUAUCUAAAUAUUAUGCGCACUCUAUAUAUUGAUAUCUAAAUAUUAUGCGCACUCUAUGUAUUGAUAUCUAAAUAUUAUGUUCACUCCAUAUAUUGAUAUCUAAAUAUUAUGCUCACUUUAUAUAUUGAUAUCUAAAUAAUAUGCUCACUCUAUAUAUCGAUAUCUAAAUAUUAUGCUCACUCUAUAUAUCGAUAUCUAAAUAUUAUGCGCACUCUAUAUAUUGAUAUCUAAAUAAUAUGCACACUCUAUAUAUCGAUAUCUAAAUAUAAUGCGCACUCUAUAUAUUGAUAUCUAAAUAAUAUGCACACUCUAUAUAUCGAUAUCUAAAUAUUAUGCGCACUCUAUAUCUCGAUAUCUAAAUAUUAUGCUCACUCAAUAUAUUGAUAUCUAAAUGUUAGCAUCAUGUGUCAAAUCUAGAUCAGUCUAUUUAUGUAUCUGCUUGUGUAACUUAAAAUGUCAAAAGAGCACUUUGCGGUAAAACUCCUUUGCGUUGGGAUUGCGUUCAUUUAUAGUAUUCUGACCGCUACCUCUACCUACUGUCCCUGCUUGCUGAUAAACAUGUCUCAGGGAGCAUACGAUUAUCCUAUCGAGAACUACAAGAUAUUCAUAGCACAGUAUAAUACUACCUACCCUCUGUGAACUAACCUGUGAAGUAUCAUUCAUUCUUUCACCUUAAUAAACUCCAUUUAUUGUUAUUUUAUUUAUAAAAGGUCAGUGUGUAUCGCAGGUUUUGCACUGAGACUUUCAGAUCCUCCGAGAGGGGAUGUGCCUUAUCAACUGUGUCUGUGCAUUGAUUAAAUGGGAAUUAAAAGACUUGCCUUCCAGAGAACACAAUCAGUUAUAUCUGAGCAUUACAGCCAGCGUUCUGUGCUCCCCUGCAAUUCCAUGACAGAUAUCAGUCGAUUCAGGAACACAAGGUUUGGCAAUAAAGGACAGUCUAUACUCCUAUAUAUUAAUAUCAGAAAUACUCUAUUGUCUUGUACAAUUGUAUCCUGGAUCUUUGUAUCAUGUAUCACUGUUAUACAUUAGAAUCAUUUUAGAAGAAAAAAAAAUCCUUUUUCUUUCUCUCUAAUUGCAUAAAUUUAUAUACGACAUUAAUUUCCUAAAGCCCUUCCAGGCAUAAUAAUAUUGCAGAAUACAUGGAGUAAAUGACAUUUGUAGUCUUAGAUAAAAAUCCCAGCUUGUAAGUAACCCUGUGUAACUGUGUAGCUCUCAAUUCUGACUUUAGGGGUUGAGGAGAUGAUACAGGUUUUUGUGUAAUUUUCUUUUUUUAUUUUUUUAUUUAAUGGAUUCCAGUUUUUUUGUGUUCACGAUAAAAGUUGAAAUUUGUUGCAGAAAGAAAAUGAACUACUGUUCUUCAAUCUCAUGUCAAUUAGCUAAUUAACAGCAUUGUGUGUCAGUCUUUCUUCUUACUGAGGAAUAAUUUAGCACCUAAUAAGAAUGCCAAUUAUUAAAGCAACAUGCCGUGCCUUUUAUAGACUGUCUGUGUGACCCACGCCUGCCCUCUGCGCAAGCCACGCAGAGGGCAUUUGGGUGUAAAAUCCGUCUUGGUUGGGUGAAGCCUUUUGUCUGAUUGUGUUGCAAGGGUGAUGGGUACAAUGCACAGUGUUUUUUUGGUGGUCCUUUUGUAAGCAGAAGAAAUGGAAGUUAUCUUAAACAUAUUCUAAAAAUUCCUGUUCCCAAACAUCUAGUCCGUUCCCCUCAAAGGGUCCUUUGUCUCUUCACAGGAAGACGCUGCGGACAGCUGAAAACCAGAAGGCGUCUGUGGAGAAUGAGAUUACUCAGCCAGGAGGAGGCCGCGCCAACCUGGGCCAUCCCUGCCAGAACUUUGUAGCUUUGUGUUCCGGUGCCCAGUCUCAUCCACUAAACACAUUCAGACAUCAAGCAUCCAAUCACUACGCGUGUACACACAGACCGAGUCACCUGAUUGUGAGUACAUUCUCAGAACAAGCCAUGCCAAAGUCACUACCAUGUCCAGCGGCCACCUUCGUUUAUCCGCAGGUGUGGGCCACAUAAGAACUAUUAGAGCCAUGGCAAAAUCACUGGAAGGUUAACGACUUUACAGUGUGUUUCCACAUCCCAUAUUGAAAAUAGAAACGUGAUUAGUCACGCACUCAGCACUAAAAGAGUUAAUUAGCCAGUGCCACAAAAGCCAUCUCAAAGCAAAACUUAUCAGAACUGUAAAUAAGUGAUGAUAAAUAAAUGUGCUUUCCCUUCUUAACACUUCUUAAAGUUUAUUACCAAAGAGUGAAUUAAACCCCAGCGGGUUCAUUCUGUUUAGUUUUGGAUCGAUUUGGCUAAAUUGUUGGUUUUGUUAUUUUACUCAGUAGAAAAACCCCUCGUAAUGUCAGACACUAAGGCUAUAAUGCCGUCAGUGAGUGCUAUAUUGCUAUAUGAUAUUGGCUUUUUAUAUUUUGGUGCAACCAAAGAGCUGGUGCUGGCUGUUAUCAUUUUGUAAUAUUUCUGACAAAUAUUCAGCAAACACACUUUUUUUUUCUUAUAAGCCAUAAAUUAAACUAAUACUGCUCAUUAAAUUUAAACUAGCCUGGUACAGAAAUCCCAGCAGACAGUAACAGAGAGUCAGUUCAGUAACAGAGCGUUACUACCAUGUUAUUUCUUAGAUUUAUAAGAAGCAGCCAAUGAGUCCCGACAAGUUAAAAUGUCUAAAAACAUAAAUUGAAGGGAACUGAAACGUAAUUUAAACAAAAAUUGCUGAUUUGGAAAAACUCUCCAACCCAGCUACAGUCCCAGCAUGGCUAUUUAACCUUAACGGGACACACUUUAUUUUAAUGAAGUGGUUUUGGUGUUUAGAGCAUCAAUAAUCUGCCCUUGAGGAGUUAAAUCACUUUGUUUAUGCGGUCCUUGUCACACCCCCACCUCUAUAUACCUCUGGAGUUGUGCCCAAUAAUGCAGUCAAGUUUAUAGUAAGUUUAUAAAAUACUUUUAAAAGUUGUUAAGUUUUUUCUUGCUUUAUUUUGAUUUGUAUAUUUGUUUUAAACUGUUUGCUUGCUGGUUUAAAAAAAAUGUCAAGUAAUGCAUGUCACUUUACUGGGAGUAUUAUUGCUGUGGAGCUCUGUGAUACACUCAGACACAUUACUGGGAGUAUUAUUGCUGUGGAGCUCUGUUAUACACUCAGACACAUUACUGGAGUAUUAUUGCUGUGGAGCUCUGUUAUACACUCAGACACAUUACUGGAAGUAUUAUUGCUGUGGAGCUCUGUUAUACACUCAGACACAUUACUGGGAGUAUUAUUGCUGUGGAGCUCUGUUAUACACUCAGACACAUUACUGGGAGUAUUAUUGCUGUGGAGCUCUGUUAUACAGUCAGACACAUUACUGGGAGUAUUAUUGCUGUGGAGCUCUGUUAUACACUCAGACACAUUACUGGGAGUAUUAUUGCUGUGGAGCUCUGUUAUACACUCAGACACAUUACUGGGAGUAUUAUUGCUGUGGAGCUCUGUUAUACACUCAGACACAUUAAUGGGAGUAUUAUUGCUGUGGAGCUCUGUUAUACACUCAGACACAUUACUGGGAGUAUUAUUGCUGUGGAGCUCUGUUAUACACUCAGACACAUUACUGGGAGUAUUAUUGCUGUGGAGCUCUGUUAUACACUCAGACACAUUACUGGGAGUAUUAUUGCUGUGGAGCUCUGUUAUACACUCAGACACAUUACUGGGAGUAUUAUUGCUGUGGAGCUCUGUUAUACACUCAGACACAUUACUGGGAGUAUUAUUGCUGUGGAGCUCUGUUAUACACUCAGACACAUUACUGGGAGUAUUAUGCUGUGGAGCUCUGUUAUACACUCAGACACAUUACUGGGAGUAUUAUUGCUGUGGAGCUCUGUUAUACACUCAGACACAUUACUGGGAGUAUUAUUGCUGUGGAGCUCUGUUAUACACUCAGACACAUUACUGGGAGUAUUAUUGCUGUGGAGCUCUGUUAUACACUCAGACACAUUACUGGGAGUAUUAUUGCUGUGGAGCUCUGUUAUACACUCAGACACAUUACUGGGAGUAUUAUUGCUGUGCUCUGUUAUACACUCAAACACAUUACUGGGAGUAUUAUUACAGCUCAGACACAUUACUGGGAGUAUUAUUGCUGUGGAGCUCUGUUAUACACUCAGACACAUUACUGGGAGUAUUAUUGCUGUUGAGCUCUGUUAUACACUCAGACACAUUACUGGGAGUAUUAUUGCUGUGGGGCUCUGUUAUACACUCAAACACAUUACUGGGAGUAUUAUUGCUGUGGAGCUCUGUUAUACACUCAGACAAAUUACUGGAAGUAUCAUUGUCGUGGAGCUCUGUUAUACACUCAGACACACUAACAAUAUGGAGCUGCUAGAAAAGAGGGAUAUUAUGAGAGAAAAGAGUGACAGAGGGAUUUGAUCCCAAAAUAGGGACUGUCUCUUCUAAAUAGAGGCACAUGGGAGGUAUGUACUGACAAGGCCUCCCUACACUUUUACUUAAAAAAAAGUGUUUGUCUUAUUGCACAGUCUGUUUAAUUUAGAAUUUCCUAUCUCCUGCUUUGAUAAUUGCCUGCUAGUAUCUGCAGCAGAAUCCUGUGUGUGAUUAAAGUUCACUUAUCAGAGCAGGAGAUUAAAAACUUCUAAAGUAAACACAUUAUGCUGUAAUGUCUGAUUGAAAAGUAAUCCAAAUUUCGAUAGAGGCUGUAUCAGACACAGCCAGGGGAGGUGUGGCUAGGGCUGCAUAAACAGAAACAGAAGGUAUUUUAACUUCUAAUCAGAGAACCGAGACUGCAGGAGCAUGAUUUAUACACCAAAACAUUAGUUUGGUGUGUACAGUAUCCCUUUAAUGUAUUUUAGGUUCUCAAUUUACAAUUCAGUGUUUAGUGAAUAAACCCCUCAGUGAUGAAUAUACAAUGAUUUUAAGGAGAGUUAUUGAUGCUCAGUAAAUCCAGCAGCAGAAUUCUGGAACCUCAAUAACGACUAUUGUUCUUUUUGUAAAAAGACACAAUGAAAAAAGUACAAAUUAACAUGGAAAUUACAGAAUCAAUGGGUGCAGACACAGAAAUAAUAAAAAAGAUACUGCAUUUGAGGUAAAGAAAAUUAAAGAUAAUAGCUUGACAAUAAAUAUACCGGUACAUACUAUGGCUGGCUGAGCUUCAUGAGAGCUAAGAUGGAAGUGAUUGCAUGCCAGUGCCACUGAUUAGACGAGCCAAGCCAGGCUAGUGUUAAAGGACCACUAUAGUGCCAGGAAAACAAACUCGUUUUCCUGGCACUAUAAUGCCCUGAGGAUGCCCUCACCCUCAGGGUCCCCCUCCCGCCGUGCUGAAGUUGGAGGAAGGGGUUAAACUCUUACCUUUCUCCAGCGCUGGGGACUCUUCUCCUCCUUUGGACCUCAUCGGCUGAAUGCGCGCCAAGAGCCGCGCAUGCAUUCAGUCCGUCCAUAGGAAAGCAUUCUCAAUGCUUUCCUAUGGACGCUGGCUUCUUCUCACUGUGAAAAUCACAGUGAGAAGCGCGGAAGCGCCUCUAGCGGCUGUCAAUGAGACAGCCACUAGAGGCUGGAUUAACCCAAAUGUAAACAUAGCAGUUUCUCUGAAACUGCUAUGUUUACAGCAGGCAGGGUUAACCCUAGAGGGACCUGGCACCCAGACCACUUCAUUAUUGGCAUCUCAUUAAAUUUCAAGCUUAAUGAAAUGCAACAUUUCCUGGCGCAAAAAAAUGAAAUUCUAAAAUAGGAUAGAAAAGUAAAAUGCGUGGUCAUGUUGUCCUGGAUACGCAGUAGUUGUACAUUGUGUUUAAGGUAAAAUACGCCCCUAAAACUCUAAAAGGACACAAUGCAGACUGCUUGAACUCACUAGACAUGUAAAGGAUGACAUUAAGAACAAUAUUUAAAGAACACAGCAACCAGAGCUUGUGAUUUUAGAAUACACAAGAUCCAGCGCACUCUCUCAUCUAAACAGCAACUGCUAAAUUUAUAGAUUUUAUUCGUUUUUUUAAAAACACCUAAUCUAGGUAAAAGUAAUGGGGUUUAGUUACAGUAUAUGAUCAUACAUUGCACAAGCCUGCCACAAUGUCAGUGUUCCCAAUUCUUGGUAGGGAUUUGUGGUUUUAAAACCUUUGCUUGUACCACUUCCUGCAUCCAGUGCACAAAAGUAUCCACAGGGGAGCUCCAUCUUUCUAGUGAUUAAUGCGAGCAUUCAGGUAUGUGAAACAAGUAGUAAACACUCAGCAUUGUGUAAAGCUGGAUGUGAGCUGGCAGCAUUGUGUAAAGCUGGAUGUGAGCUGGUAGCAUUGUGUAAAGCUGGAUGUGAGCUGGUAGCAUUGUGUAAAGCUGUGUGUGAGCUGGCAGCAUUGUGUAAAGCUGGGUGUGAGCUGGUAGCAUUGUGUAAAGCUGUGUGUGAGCUGGAAGCGUUGUGUAAAGCUGGGUGUGAGCUGGCAGCAUUGUGUAAAGCUGGAUGUGAGCUGGCAGCAUUGUGUAAAGCUGGAUGUGAGCUGGUAGCAUUGUGUAAAGCUGGAUGUGAGCUGGCAGCAUUGUGUAAAGCUGGAUGUGAGCUGGUAGCAUUGUGUAAAGCUGGAUGUGAGCUGGUAGCAUUGUGUAAAGCUGGUGUGAGCUGGCAGCAUUGUGUAAAGCUAGGUGUGAGCUGGCAGCAUUGUGUAAAGCUGGGUGUGAGCUGGCAGCAUUGUGUAAAGCUGUGUGUGAGCUGGCAGCAUUGUGUAAAGCUGUGUGUGAGCUGGCAGCAUUGUGUAAAGCUGUGUGUGAGCUGGCAGCAUUGUGUAAAGCUGGGUGUGAGCUGGCAGCAUUGUGUAAAGCUAGGUGUGAGCUGGAAGCGUUGUGUAAAGCUGGAUGUGAGCUGGCAGCAUUGUGUAAAGCUGGGUGUGAGCUGGUAGCAUUGUGUAAAGCUGGGUGUGAAUAUUUAGCAGCGUCUAAAGCUAGGUGUGAGCUGGCAGCAUUGUGUAAAGUUGGGUGUGAGCUGGCAGCAUUGUGUAAAGCUGGAUGUGAGCUGGUAGCAUUGUGUAAAGCUGGGUGUGAAUAUUUAGCAUUGUGUAAAGCUGGAUGUGAGCUGGCAGCAUUGUGUAAAGCUGGGUGUGAGCUGGCAGCAUUGUGUAAAGCUGGGUGUGAAUAUUUAGCAGUGUGUAAAGCUAGGUGUGAGCUGGCAGCAUUGUGUAAAGCUGGGUGUGAAUAUUUAGCAGUGUGUAAAGCCGGGUGUGAGCUGGCAGCAUUGUGUAAAGCUGGGUGUGAAUAUUUAGCAGCGUGUAAAGCUAGGUGUGAGCUGGCAGAAUUGUGUAAAGCUGGGUGUGAAUAUUUAGCAGUGUGUAAAGGUGGGUGUGAGCUGGCAGAAUUGUGUGAAGCUGGGUGUGAAUAUUUAGCAGCGUGUAAAAAGGCUAAAUGUGAGCUGGCAGCAUUGUGUAAAGCUGGAUGUGAAUAUUUAGCAGUGUGUAAAGCUGGGUGUGAGCUGGCAGCAUUGUGUAAAGCUGGGUGUGAGCUGGCAGCAUUGUGUAAAGCUGGGUGUGAAUAUUUAGCAUUGUGUAAAGCUGGGUGUGAGCUGGCAGAAUUGUGUAAAGCUGGGUGUGAAUAUUUAGCAGUGUGUGAAGCUUGGAGUGAGCGAUCUGAACUUAUGAAGCUAGGUGUGAGCAGUCAGCUGCCAGUUCAAUGUGAGCACUUGGCACUGUGUGAAGGUCAAUGUGAGCACUUACCGUUGUGUAAAGGUCAAAGUGAGCACUUACCAUUGUGUUAAGGUCAAUGUGAGCACUUACCAUUGUGUUAAGGUCAAUGUGAGCACUUAGCACCGUGUGAAGUUUAAUGUGAGCACUUGGCACUGUGUUAAGGUCAAUGUGAGCACUUGGCACUGUGUUAAGGUCAAUGUGAGCACUUAGCACCGUGUGAAGUUCAAUGUGAGCACUUAGCACUGUGUGAAGUUCAAUGUCAGCACUUUGCACUGUGUGAAGUUCAAUGUCAGCACUUAGCACUGUGUGAAGUUCAAUGUCAGCACUUUGCACUGUGUGAAGUUCAAUGUCAGCACUUGGCACUGUGUGAAGUUCAGUGUGAGCACUUAGCACUGUGUUAAGGUCAAUGUGAGCACUUAGCACUGUGUGAAGUUCAAUGUUAGCCCUUAGCACCGUGUGAAGUUCAAUGUUAGCACUUAGCACUGUGUGUAGUUCAGUGUGAGCACUUUGCACGGUGUGAAGUUCAAUGUCAGCACUUUGCACUGUGUGAAGUUCAAUGUCAGCACUUAGCACUGUGUGAAGUUCAGUGUGAGCACUUUGCACUGUGUGUAGUUCAGUGUGAGCACUUUGCACUGUGUGAAGUUCAAUGUCAGCACUUAGCACUGUGUGAAGUUCAAUGUCAGCACUUUGCACUGUGUGAAGUUCAAUGUCAGCACUUAGCACUGUGUGAAGUUCAGUGUGAGCACUUAGCACUGUGUUAAGGUCAAUGUGAGCACUUAGCACUGUGUGAAGUUCAAUGUUAGCCCUUAGCACCGUGUGAAGUUCAAUGUCAGCACUUAGCACUGUGUGUAGUUCAGUGUGAGCACUUAGCACUGUGUGAAGUUCAGUGUGAGCACUUAGCACUGUGUUAAGGUCAAUGUGAGCACUUAGCACUGUGUGAAGUUCAAUGUUAGCCCUUAGCACUGUGUGAAGUUCAAUGUCAGCACUUAGCACUGUGUGUAGUUAAGUGUGAGCACUUAGCACUGUGUGAAGUUCAAUGUCAGCACUUAGCACUGUGUUAAGGUCAAUGUGAGCACUUUGCACUGUGUGAAGUUCAAUGUCAGCACUUAGCACUGUGUGUAGUUCAGUGUGAGCACUUAGCACCGUGUGAAGUUCAAUGUCAGCACUUAGCACUGUGUUAAGGUCAAUGUGAGCACUUAGCACUGUGUUAAGGUCAAUGUGAGCACUUUGCACUGUGUGUAGUUCAGUGUGAGCACUUAGCACUGUGUGAAGUUCAAUGUUAGCACUUAGGACUGUGUGUAGUUCAGUGUGAGCACUUUGCACUGUGUGAAGUUCAAUGUCAGCACUUUGCACUGUGUGAAGUUCAAUGUCAGCACUUAGCACUGUGUGAAGUUCAGUGUGAGCACUUUGCACUGUGUGUAGUUCAGUGUGAGCACUUAGCACUGUGUGAAGUUCAAUGUUAGCACUUAGCACUGUGUGAAGUUCAAUGUUAGCACUUAGCACUGUGUGAAGUUCAAUGUUAGCACUUAGCACUGUGUGAAGUUCAAUGUUAGCACUUAGCACUGUGUGAAGUUCAAUGUGAGCACUUAGCACUGUGUGUAGUUCAAUGUGAGCACUUUGCACUGUGUGAAGUUCAAUGUUAGCCCUUAGCACUGUGUUAAGGUCAAUGUGAGCACUUGGCACUGUGUGAAGUUCAAUGUUAGCCCUUAGCACUGUGGGAAGUUCAAUGUCAGCACUUAGCACUGUGUGUAGUUCAGUGUGAGCACUUAGCACUGUGUGAAGUUCAAUGUCAGCACUUAGCACUGUGUGAAGUUCAAUGUUAGCACUUAACACUGUGUGAAGUUCAAUGUUAGCCCUUAGCACUGUGUGAAGUUCAAUGUCAGCACUUAGCACUGUGUGUAGUUCAGUGUGAGCACUUAGCACCGUGUGAAGUUCAAUGUCAGCACUUAGCACUGUGUUAAGGUCAAUGUGAGCACUUUGCACUGUGUGAAGUUCAAUGUCAGCACUUAGCACUGUGUUAAGGUCAAUGUGAGCACUUGGCACUGUGUGAAGUUCAAUGUGAGCACUUUGCACUGUGUGUAGUUCAGUGUGAGCACUUAGCACUGUGUGAAGUUCAAUGUUAGCACUUAGCACUGUGUGUAGUUCAGUGUGAGCACUUAGCACUGUGUGAAGUUCAAUGUUAGCACUUAGGACUGUGUUAAGCUAGGUGUGAGCAUUAUGUGGCUAAGUGUUAGCGCUCAGCAGUGUAUAAAGCUAGGUGUGAGCUGCCAGCACUGUGUUAAGCUAGGGGUCAACAUUUAACAUUGUGUGAAACAAGGUGUGAACAUCAGAAUUGUGCAAAUCUGGCUGUCAGCACUUAGCCUUUGUAAAGUCUGUUUUAAUGAUUUGAGGUGGCAGGGUGCAUUUAUCAAUGUGAAGAUCGAAGCAGACAUUCAUUAUUGGUGUGGAGGUUAGACGGGUUUAAUUUAUUGAUGGGAUAUUUUAUUACUGUUAUUCUAAAACACCAUUGUAUCUCACAGCUGUCAAUCGUGGGUCAAUGGGAAUUUUUCAAUUAUCAAUACAAGGGUUUCAUGGAACAGUAUUAGGGUAAAAGUAGGAGGGUGUAUUUUUAUCGGAGGUCGGAAGGUCAAUCAGGAGAAUUUGUAAAGAAAGUUAAUUAAAACUUUUAGUCAAUCUCUCAGAUAUUGUUUCACCAUUUACCAUUACUAUUACUGGCUACCGGAGAAUAUGCUGUGACAGUGCUCCCACUCUCACAGUUACCAUCACUGUCUAUGGGAGAAUAUGCUGUGACAGUGCUCCCGCUCUCACAGUUACCAUCACUGUCUAUGGGAGAAUAUGCUGUGACAGUGCUCCCGCUCUCACAGUUACCAUCACUGUCUAUGGGAGAAUAUGCUGUGACAGUGCUCCCGCUCUCACAGUUACCAUCACUGUCUAUGGCAGAAUAUGCUGUGACAGUGCUCCCUCUCUCACAGUUACCAUCACUGUCUAUGGGAGAAUAUGCUGUGACAGUGCUCCCGCUCUCACAGUUACCAUCACUGUCUAUGAGAGAAUAUGCUGUGACAGUGCUCCCGCUCUUACAGUUACCAUCACUGUCUAUGGGAAAAUAUGCUGUGACAGUGCUCCCUUUCUCACAGUUACCAUCACUGUCUAUGGCAGAAUAUGCUGUGACAGCGCUCCCCCUGUUAUAGUUACCAUCACUGUCUAUGAGAGAAUAUGCUGUGACAGUGCUCCCUUUCUCACAGUUACCAUCACUGUCUAUGGGAGAAUAUGCUGUGACAGUGCUCCUGCUGUUACCGUUACCAUCACGGUCUAUGGGAGAAUAUUCUGUGACAGUGCUCCUUCUGUCACAGUUACCAUCACUGUCUAUGGCAGAAUAUGCUGUGACAGUGCUCCAGCAGUUACCGUUACCAUCACGGUCUAUGGGAGAAUAUGCUGUGACAGUGCUCCCGCUGUUACCGUUACCAUCACGGUCUAUGGGAGAAUAUGCUGUGACAGUGCUCCUUCUCUCACAGUUACCAUUACUGUCUAUGGCAGAAUAUGCUGUGACAGGGCUCCCGCUGUUACCGUUGCCAUCACUGUCUAUGGGAGUGCUCCCUCUCUCACAGUUACCAUCACUGUCUAUGGGAGAAUAUGCUGUGACAGUGCUCCCGCUUUCACAGUUACCAUCACUGUCUAUGGCAGAAUAUGCUGUGACAGUGCUCCCUCUCUCACAGUUACCAUCACUGUCUAUGGGAGAAUAUGCUGUGGGCUCCCGCUGUUACCGUUACCAUCACUCACAGUUACCAUCACUGUCUAUGGCAGAAUAUGCUGUGACAGGGCUCCCGCUGUUACCGUUACCAUCACUGUCUAUGGGAGAAUAUGCUGUGACAGUGCUCCCUCUCACAGUUACCAUCACUGUCUAUGGGAGAAUAUGCUGUGACAGUGCUCCCGCUGUUACCGUUACCAUCACGGUCUAUGGGUGAAUAUUCUGUGACAGUUCUCCUUCUGUCACAGUUACCAUCACUGUCUAUGGCAGAAUAUGCUGUGACAGCGCUCCCCCUGUUAUAGUUACCAUCACUGUCUAUGAGAGAAUAUGCUGUGACAGUGCUCCCUUUCUCACAGUUACCAUCACUGUCUAUGGGAGAAUAUGCUGUGACAGUGCUCCUGCUGUUACCGUUACCAUCACGGUCUAUGGGAGAAUAUUCUGUGACAGUGCUCCUUCUGUCACAGUUACCAUCACUGUCUAUGGCAGAAUAUGCUGUGACAGUGCUCCAGCAGUUACCGUUACCAUCACGGUCUAUGGGAGAAUAUGCUGUGACAGUGCUCCCGCUGUUACCGUUACCAUCACGGUCUAUGGGAGAAUAUUCUGUGACAGUGCUCCUUCUCUCACAGUUACCAUUACUGUCUAUGGCAGAAUAUGCUGUGACAGGGCUCCCGCUGUUACCGUUGCCAUCACUGUCUAUGGGAGUGCUCCCUCUCUCACAGUUACCAUCACUGUCUAUGGGAGAAUAUGCUGUGACAGUGCUCCCGCUUUCACAGUUACCAUCACUGUCUAUGGCAGAAUAUGCUGUGACAGGGCUCCCGCUGUUACCGUUACCAUCACUGUCUAUGGGAGAAUAUGCUGUGACAGUGCUCCCUCUCUCACAGUUACCAUCACUGUCUAUGGGAGAAUAUGCUGUGACAGUGCUCCCUCUCUCACAGUUACCAUCACUGUCUAUGGGAGAAUAUGCUGUGACAGUGCUCCCGCUUUCACAGUUACCAUCACUGUCUAUGGGAGAAUAUGAUGUGACAGUGCUCCCGCUGUUACCGUUACCAUCACUGUCUAUGGGAGAAUAUGCUGUGACAGUGCAUCCGCUUUCACAGUUACCAUUACUACCUAUGUGAGAAUAUGCUGUGACAGUGCUCCCCAUGUUAUAGUUACCAUCACUGUCUAUGGGAGAAUAUGCUGUGACAGUGCUCCCGCUUUCACAGUUACCAUCACUGUCUAUGGGAGAAUAUGCUGUGACAGGGCUCCCCCUGUUACAGUUACCAUUACUGUCUAAGGGAGAAUAUGCUGUGACAGUGCCCCCGCUCUCACAGUUACCAUCACUGUCUAUGGGAGAAUAUGCUGUGACAGUGCUCCCCCUGUUAUAGUUACCAUCACUGUCUAUGGGAGAAUAUGCUGUGACAGUGCUCCCGCUUUCACAGUUACCAUUACUGUCUAUGGGAGAAUAUGCUGUGACAGUGCUCCCGCUGUUACCGUUACCAUCACGGUCUAUGGGAGAAUAUGCUGUGACAGUGCUCCCGCUCUCACAGUUACCAUCACUGUCUAUGGGAGAAUAUGCUGUGACAGUGCUCCCGCUCUCACAGUUACCAUUACCGUCUAUGGGAGAAUAUGCUGUGACUGUGCUCCCGCUGUUAACGUUACCAUCACUGUCUAUGGGAGAAUAUGCUGUGACAGGGCUCCCUUUGUUACAGUUACCAUUACUGUCUAUGGGAGAAUAUGCUGUGACAGUGCCCCCGCUCUCACAGUUACUAUCACUAUCUCUGUAAUAUAAUUAUUUACUAUCGUGAGAAUUACUAGGAAUUCAAUAUGAAUUCAAAUUGAAAUAAAAAUUUUGGACAAAAAUAAUCCAAUUCAAGUGUGGUUUUAGAAUGGCUUAAAUUUGAAACACACUUUGAAUUCCCUGUAAUUUCCCCUAAAUGUCUCCUUGCCGCACAAAUAUUUUUUUCAACAAAUGUUAUUUUUAAAGUUCCUUUCUCUUAGACGAAGUCCAUUUUGUAAAAUAAAAUGUUUUAUUUACCGUUAAUCCUCUGCUGAUCAUAUAGGAUUGAGAACAAAUGGCUCAUCCACCAUUGUCACCGCACACGGCCAAGCCAAUGCUUCUCAUCUAGAACCAUCGAAUCCAGUGCAUUAUCUUCGUUCAUUGACAUCAUACAUUGUGAUGAGGCCAAUCGUGAAGUAUUUUAAGGAGUCAGAGACUGUAGUAGCUGUCAGCAAUGUGUUACAUUGUGAGAUAAAAGGGGCAAAACUGCUGCAUUAAGAUAUGGCGACUUUGGUGUUUAUUGUCCCUUUAACUCUUUGCUGACUCCUGUCCUGCGUGCAGAUUGCCAGCUUUUCGUGGAGGUUGCAGAUGAUUUUAACACUCCUCUCACAGGAACCUUUGGGUGUAGAUUGAGUGCUAAUGUAGUGAUAAUUUAAUGCAUCAUAAUUAUGUAAAUUAGAAUUAGUAUGCUGUAAAUUUUGCACAGCUAUUAAUUGAAUGAUCAUGCAAGGUUCACAGAAUACAUUUUAUUUUUUUGAACACUCUUCUGAAUCCAGCUCAUUAUAAUUUAUGUGUUGAUUUUUUAAUUUUUUUAUUUUAUCAAUGUAGACUUUUAGUGACGCCAAUAUCAUGCAACAUCACUGUGCCGGGUAGUGCUGGCUACUAAAUGCUAGUUACUAAAAGUACUCUGCUGCCCUCUUGUGUUGUGUAUUUGCAUUGCAGUUUUGAUAUAGAUGUUUUUUUUUUUUUUAAGAUUGUAUGUGUUGUUUUUUGUUAUUUUUUUCUCUUAGUGAAUAGACUGUCACUAUUACUAAGAUUCUUAUAGCACUUCAUUUUAAAACUCCAUAUAUUUUCAUAUUUUAUAUUAUUUUUAAAUCUGUAACUGUUUUCAAGAUUUAUAGUUAGUGAAUAUUUACCCGUACUUUCCAAAAGUGCUAGUUGUACGGGUAGGAUUUGCAUGGGUGAAUGCCCGGGUGUUUUUACCUUAUUGUCCGCUCAGGGAGCCAGACUGAAACAUAUCUGGUUACUAUCCCCCCAAGCUAUUUAUCCAUCUAUCCAUUCAUCCAUUCAUCCAAAAAUCACCUAUCUAUCUAUCUAUCCAUCCAUAAACCACCUGUCUGUCUGUCUAUCUAUCUAUCUAUCCAUCCAUCCAUCCAUAAACCACCUGUCUGUCUGUCUAUCUAUCUAUCUAUCUAUCUAUCCAUCCAUAAACCACCUGUCUGUCUAUCUAUCCAUCCAUCCAUCCAUAAACCACCUGUCUGUCUGUCUGUCUAUCUAUCUAUCUAUCCAUAAAUCGUCUGUCUGUCUGUCUAUCUAUCUAUCUAUCUAUUCAUCCAUAAAUCACCUAUCUAUCGAUCUAUCCAUCCAUAAAUCACCCGUCUGUCUGUCUAUCUAUCUAUCCAUUCAUCCAUAAGUCACCUAUCUAUCUAUCUAUCUAUCUAUCCAACCAUUAAUCACCUGUCUGUUUAUCUAUCUAACUAUCUAUCCAUUCAUCCAUAAAUCACCUAUCUAUCUAUCUUUCUAUCUAUCUAUCUAUCCAUCCAUAAAUCACCUGUCUGUCUGUCUAUCUAUCUAUCCAUCCAUAAAUCACCUGUCUGUUUAUCUAUCUAUCUAUCUAUCUAUCCAUUCAUCCUUAAAUCACCUAUCUAUAUAUCUAUCUAUUUAACUAUUUGUGUGUAUGUAAACUGACAAUAUCGUAAAAAUGUGAGUGCAUUCAUAAAGUAGACAAGGCAACGUUGGGGUUGUGUGAAUUACUGUCAGUUUUGAUGUAUAAUGAUUGUAACUGUUGCUCGGAUUGAGUAAGUGUGUGAACUAUGAGCUAUCCACUCAUACCACAAUUCUAUUUAUUAAAAUAUUUUAUUUAAAAACAAAUUGAUGACUCCAUUAAAAUAAUAACUCAACCAGAAUGGUAUACCAGGUGUGUCCAGCCGCAGCCUGACACAGAGACUAGUUACCUGACCUGUUCCUUCCAUCAGGUUUACUUUUUGUGUUGAGUUUGCGGAAGCUCAUUAUCUGAUUAAAGACAGAAAUCAUAAACCUUGACUGGCAAUGUACACACCAGGUUUAUUUUAUGUAUUUGUGUGUGUAUAAAUAUGUAUACAUUGUUUUAAUUUUUAAAAUUCUGGGAAAUGUUUGAAUUUAAGAAAAAUAUAUUGUUUUAGUUUAUGAAACCCAACAUUGAUAAAAUCCUGGAUGCACAUUAUAAUGAAAUGGUCCAAGCGUAACUAUGGACAGUGUUAGAUCACUGGAGAUGUUUGUGAAUUGCAUUUCCUGGCUGAGCAUUGCGAGAAAUGUUGGUAAACAUCUACAAUGCCAAGGAUAGUCUUUAAUGAGUGUUAACCUGAUAACACCAGCUGUAAAUAUUUAUUUUCUGGCUGUGAUUGACCUUGUUUGUCUCCGCUCUUUCCUUGUAGGUGAUAUCAGUUGCAAGGGGAUGACAGAGCGCAUUCACAGCAUCAACCUUCACAACUUCAGCAAUUCCGUGCUCGAGACACUAAACGAGCAGCGCAACCGUGGCCACUUCUGUGACGUGACGGUGCGUAUCCACGGAAGCAUGCUGCGGGCCCACCGCUGCGUGCUGGCCGCUGGGAGUCCAUUUUUCCAGGACAAACUGCUCUUAGGAUACAGUGACAUCGAAAUCCCCUCCGUGGUGUCUGUCCAUGCCGUGCAGAAGCUGAUUGACUUCAUGUACAGCGGAGUGCUGCGGGUCACCCAGACCGAGGCCCUUCAGAUCCUAACAGCUGCCAGCAUUCUGCAGAUAAAAACUGUCAUAGACGAGUGCACGCGAAUUGUCUCACAAAAUGUAGGAGGGGUGUACGCCCUGAUACAGGACUCUGGCCAGGAGACACCCAGAGGAACUCCAGAAUCUGGAACAUCUGGGCAAAGCAGUGACACUGAAUCUGGCUACCUGCAGAGUCACCGGCAGCACAGCGUAGACAGGAUAUACUCUGCUUUGUACACAUGCUCCAUGCAGAAUGGCAGUGGAGAGCGUUCCUUUUACAGUGGUGCUCUUGUAAGCCACCAUGAGACUGCUAUAGGGCUACCUAGACAACGUCAUAUGGAGGAACCUAGCUGGAUCACACGCAUUCACGAACGCUCCCAAAGGAUGGAGCGAUAUCUCUCCACCACUCCAGAGACCAGCCACUGCCGAAAGCAGCCUCGCCCGCUCCGAAUUCAGAAACCACCGGAUGAUAUACACAUCAAGCAAGAGGUGGAGGACGACUAUGACUACUAUGGCCAACAAAGACUGCAGGGCAUAGAGCGAAAUGAGUCGGAAGAGUGCACUGAAGACACUGAUCAAGCUGAAGGCACAGAAAGCGAACCGAAAGGGGAGAGCUUUGACUCUGGAGUAAGCUCAUCAAUUGGCACAGAGCCCGACUCUGUAGAGCAUCAGUACAUGCCUGUUCUCAGCCGAGAGUGUCAGCAGGAACCUUCCCAAGCUGAGUCCAAAUAUUUAUCUUCAGAAUGCAUGGAAAACCAGAACCAACAGCACUUGGAUAACAGCUCUUCCUCCCCGGAGAGGAGCAACAAUGUUGAUAUGGACAGCACAGUGGUCAGUGUUAAUAAUAGCACCGAAAAGGAGGUCAUAAAGACUUCUGUCUCACAAGCUUUGCCAACCACUCAGAUCUACUUACGCCCAACAGAAACACACACCAGCAAUUUAAGAAUGCCAAUAACCCUGACCAGUAAUACCCAGGUCAUUGGCACAGCUGGCAACACCUACCUUCCCACUCUCUUUACAACACAGGCAGCAGGGAGUGGGCCCAAACCUUUUCUUUUCAGCUUGCCCCACACUAUACCUGGGCAGCAAACCCAGUUUGUGACAGUUCCCCAAAGUGGAUUAUCUACAUUUGCUACCCAGCUUCAAACACCUCCACCUCAAGUAGGACACAGCACAGCAAGUGGACAGGGAGAAAAGAAGCCUUAUGAAUGCACCCUCUGUAACAAAACAUUCACCGCCAAGCAGAACUACGUAAAGCACAUGUUUGUACACACAGGUAAGUCUUUGCAGGACAGCCUCCAGCAUCCAGGAGGUAACUGAGUCUAACAGAUCCUAGCUCUUAAAAUAUUUUGUAUAGCUCCUAAAUAAUGCAUGAUAAUGACCAACCACAAUCAGGGAUGGAUUUUCAUUCCAGGUGCCGAGAGGAACAGAAUUCUUAUACGUGCCCCUACCUUCCUUCCCUUCCUGAGAGCCAUAAAUUAUAUUUCUGACUCACUCCCUUUGCAAACAGAAAAAGAAAAAUUUAGCAGCUAGAAAAUUGCCAUGAUGCUCUUAACGUGACCUUUCAUCAUGGGCAAAUUUACGUACACACUAAGGCCUCGAUUUAAUAUUAUUGGUUUAACUUUUCAAAUGAUUAAAGUCUAUAGGAAUGUGUGUAGAUAAAUCAUUCGAAAAGUUUAUCCAAAAAUAUUAAAUGAUGUGAAAAGCGUAUUAGAGAUGUGCAUCUUUUGUAUCGUUUUAAGUCGUUCAUUUUCUAAUUUCUCAGUUUGUCUGAAAUUUUGGAUUGGGGAUGAAGCGAAAUUUUGAGACCGUUAUUCCUAUUAUUCCAAAGAAUACCAAAUUUACACAAUGUUUAUAUUUCACUUAUUAGUUUAUCCUUUACAAAAAUAUUUGAGAAAGGAAAACCUUUGGACAGUAUACAGUGUCCUCUAUCCUGUAAUAUUUCACACAGGGUCUGAAAUGUUAGUAUAAAACCAAAAAUGCUAUUUUUCUUACACACAGUAGCAGUGACAAAAAUAUAUAAAUAGAAAUAGAGUCAAAAACCUUGUUAGUAGGUAUUUGUAAUGACCAUGAAGGCAUUAAUUGUAGUGGAGAUUACUAAAAAUUGCAACAGAAUGUAAAAAUGAUGUCUGGAUUUGAGUAUAAUACUCAUACACUGUAAAUACAGUUAAAUCGUAUAUUUUGAAAUGGAGGUAUUUCAAACUGCUGUAGCGAUCUGUAACAUCUGAAAUGCUGGUGUAAUGCUGACAGUGAAAUGGUAGAUUCCAUUCACUCCUUCCCCCUCCCAUUAUACUUGAUUUUUGUAUUGUAACAGAUUCCAAUCUGUUAGAAAAACUUCCCAAAUUAAUUAUCUACAAAAAUUCCCGAAGACUUUAAUGGUGACGUCUGUAGAAAUAUAAUUUGGAACGUUUUCUAACAGUAUUUAACGUUUGGAAAGCUUGGUAAAUCGAAGGUCAGAUUAGGGCGCUAUCUGCUAAACACAACUGAAAGAUCAGAAUUAACCCCUCAGUGGCCAGACCAUUUUUCAAUUUUCUCACCAUUAAGGACCAGGGAUCUUUUUACAUUUCUGAGGUGUUUUGUGUUUAGCUUAUUCAUUUACCCUACCCACACAUAUUAUAUACCGUGAUUCUCACCAUUAGAUGGUCUUUCUGAAGAUACCAUUAUUUUCAUUAUAUCGUAUAAUUUACUAUUAAAAAAAUUAUAAAAUAUAAUAAAACCAUUUUAAAAAAAUACACUUUUUCGAACUUUGAGCCCCAAAAUCUGUUACGCAUCUACAACUGUCAAAAAACACCCGUGCUAAAUAGUUUCAACAUUUUUUUCCUGAGUUUAGAAAUAUCCAAUGUUAACAUGUUCUUAACUUUUUUUUUGCAAGUUAUAGGGCUAUAAGUACAAGUAGGACAUUGCUGUUUCAAAAUAUAUAUUUUUUAAAUGUAUCAAUAGUGACAUUGUAACGCUGUUAUCUGUCAUAAAUCUCUGAAUCACACCUCACAUGUACAUAUUUUUUAAAGUAGACCACCCAGAGUAUUCAAUAUGGGGUAUGUCCAGUCUGUUUUAGUAGCCACUUAGUCACAAAUACUGGCCAAAGUCAGCAUUUAUAUUUGUGUGUUAAAAAUGCAAAAAACAAUAAUGAACACUAACUUUGGUCAGUGUUUGUGACUAAGUGGCUACUAAAAAAAGACUGAACAACAACCCUAUUUGCAAUACCUUGGGUUGUCUUCUUGCAAAUGGUAUGCCAUCAUGUGGGUGAUUCUCAUUCCCAGGUUACCAUACGCUCUCAAAGGCAACAUAAACAAUCUGGCAUAUUUCAAUGUGAAAAAACAGAAAAUCAAGCCUUAUAUUUGACACUGUAACUUUCAAAAACACUAUAAAACCUGCACAUGAGGGGUACUGUUAUACUUGGGAGACUUUGCUGAACACAAAUAUUAGUGUUUCAAAACAGUAAAACGUAUCACAACAAUGAUAUCAUCAGUGAAAGUGCCGUUUGAGUGUGAAAAAUGCAAACAAUUUCAAAAAGGUCACCGAUUUUUAUAAUCGCUUUGAUAUGUUUUACUGUUUUGAAACACUAAUAUUUGUGUUCAGCAAAAUCUCCUGAGUAAAACAGUAACCCCCAUGUACAGGUUUUAGGGUAUCAUGGAAAGUUACAGCCUGGGUUGUCAGGCAGGUCCCUCAAAUUGCAAUCAAUAAAGUUACUUAUUUAUGUAAAAAUAUUACGUAAAUAUGCACGUAGAAUUUAAAUAUAUAUACAUAUUUAUAUAUUUGAAGUCUACGUGUAUAUUUAUGUAAUUAUGUAUAUGGAUAUAUAAAUACGUCCCAGGUCCCAGCACUCAAUGCUCCCUGUCUUUUAAUGCUCCGGUGCUGUCUCCAACCAAAUUGUAUACGAUACCAGUAGAGAGCACUCAGGAGUCUUUCAAAGUAAAUUUCAUCUGUUGCUUUUUUGAGCAAUUAGAAAUUCACACAACGUUCCAGUCGACAUUUCAGUCUGUAUACAGAGGGAAACGUCGACUGGAACGUUGUGUGAAUUUUUAAUUGCUCAAUAAAGCAACAGAUGAAAUUUACUUUGAAAGACUCCUGAGUGCUCUCUACUGGUAUUGUGUGUGUAUAAAUAUAUAUAGUAUAUAGUAUUAUGUGUAUUAAUUUGGUAUCUUUAAAUACUGCAAUCCCACAUAAGGAUACCAAAUUAUAGAUUAAUGUGCCCAGCAGAUAGCUCCCUAAUUUGGUAUCCUUUGAAUGGCAAUGCCAGGAAAUUGGGGAGCUAUUUACUAAACUGUGAAAGAGCAAAAUUAAGAAAAAGUCCUUUUUUAUAUUUGACUUUUUCAGUAUAUAUAUAUAUAUUUAUGUGACGGACCGUCUGGCACCCCGACCAGAUACCUCCGUCAAUCGAUGCUCCUAGUGCUUUCCGAUGGCUCCAAGCACUCCACCAGACACCAUAAGCACUGCAGAUCCCCACUUUCAGUGAUGCAGCUGAGCCGGGUUCUUGCCGUCCUUCACCCACCCUGGAACCAAGACCAGGAUCCAGCUCCCAGUGGGUAGACCUCUCCUCCUCCAGAGAGCGUAGCAGGAACAAGAGCUUGAUUAUAGCAAUCCCCAGAGUGUAGUUCUCCAAUACCCCAAACAUGAGCCAAGACUUCAUGAAGGGGUAAAGCAGGUCUGUUUAAUGGAAGCCACAGUUAGCCUUUAAUGCAAGUCCCCAUGCAAGGGAACACCCACGUGGACCUUGUGGGGGACAGGAUGACAAUUAUUACAAGCCAAUAAUAAUGCAGUACAGUAGGUGACACUCCCACACAUUACACACAAUCCCUCCCCUCAUCCUUGGAGAUAAUUGAGUCAAGUCCUGUAGGUAACUCAAUUAUCUCCAGGCAGACAAACACACAUUUUUACAAAGUAUGAAAAGUACCCCAAAACAUAACAUAUCCUCAUGAUAGCCCUGAUCUGGGUGAACAACAUAUCCAAAAAUCACCCAGAUCAGAGCAGGGGUUCAGGAAAUUCCUGGAAGUCUCUUUUGACCGACUGCAUGCAUGGUUUCAUGCCCAAAAUAGUUCCAGAGAAUUAGGCUGUGCGGCCGGUCUAUUUAAAACAGUCGAAGUAAAGUUCAAAUAGUCGAACAGAGCCAUUUGUGCCCAGAGUCAGUGAGUGUAUCUGGUUCGGUAGAUUAGUUCUACCAAACAGCGCUUCGUUCGUGCAGUUCUAGUCGAACCUAGCUGGAGGUAGAAGUCCCAGCGGUGUUUGUGCCGUCGAGUGUCCGAUUUGAGUUCCAUGAACUCGACGACAAAACACCGCUGAACACGGUCGACUAAACAAGAUGGCUGCCGCCACGUGUUCGACUAUAUGAACGAUGACCACCCAGCCGUUCAGGCAAUUUGGCUGUGGUUAACUACCAGCCUGGGAGGUAAAUGAGCUGCACACUCCACUUGCGUGUGGUCCGACUCUCCGACUCACUUUAUUCACCAUACUCUUCUAGUGUAGGCCCACUUCAUUUACUGGCCUACAGCAUACGUCGGUUUUGGCACAUCUCAACCGACUUUUUCCUAUCACAGAUUUGCUAACAACAAUCUUACUUCAUAUCAUAAUCAAUGUUGCCCCGAACACAAAUAUAAAUAUGUGCAAUAAUCAUACCACACCUGUGAGGUGGAUGGAUUUGCUCGGCAAAGGAGAAGUGCUCACUAACACAGAUUUAGACAGAUUUGUGAAAAAUAUUUGAGAGAAAUAGGCAUUUUGUGUACAUAGAAAAAGUCUUAGAUCUUUGAGUUCAGCUCAUGAAAAAUGGGGGCAAAAACAAGUGUUUAUAAUUUUGUUCAGUAUAUAUAUAUAUAUAUAUAUAUGUAUCAUGACAAAUACUUUUCAAUCCACAGCCUCGUCUUUAAAAUGUAAAUGACAAGUGUAUCAGGGCUUUAUCUAAUUAUUAAUGCAAUGCACUAAAGGUAUAUAUUAAGGAAUAGCCUGUAGUGUGUGAGGGAUUACCUGGCUAUAAAAACUCAUCCCGUUCCAUUGCAGAACCGUCACCGCUGGGUUCAUCUCCCCCAUAUCUCCCCUUUAUUACAAUUCAAUGGGUGGGCCCUCUUUCAUCACAGGCCCACCCAAUAUUUCGGUUCCAGCACACCACAAACGACUUGUGCUUUCUACUACGUGCUCAUUAUUAUUACGGCUUAUGCCCCCAACUACAAAUAUAUAUACAGUGUUUUCCCCAAUACCUGUGUUACAUAAAACGAAAUCAAAGAAAUGUGUGUCUGUGAACUUCAAAAUGUAUCAACACCAUUCACCCAAUGGAGGAAAAAUAGGGUUUACCCAUACACAAUUAAUGUAUAUAUAUCCACACAGUGCAAUAAUGGUAUACUUAUAUCACAAAUCACAAAGAGUACUUACAGAAUGGAAUGAGUCCUCCUCAUUAAGUUAAUGUGGUGGAAUUUGCUUUCAUUCCAUGUUAAUUUGUGUCAGGAUAACCUUGUUCAGUAGUCCUCCUUCCAGUCAGCUACUAAACGUAGCCUAUAAGGCUAUACAUAAAACCUUUUUAUUUUAAUUUUAUUUUAAUGUGGAAAAUGGUUUAUAUUUUUAGGAACAGUCCUUGACGUGAAGUUGUAUAAAUCCCUUGGAAAUGCAGUUAUUAAAGGGAUAUAUACAGCACCAAAACAACUUGAUCUUAAUGAAGCAGUUUUGGUGUGUUGGUCAAUUCUCUGCCAUUUAGGAGUUAAAUCACUUUUAUUUCUGUCCAUACAGCCCUAACCUCCCCGUAUUCACAAAGCCAACAUCCAGAUCUUACAGCACAGUGUGUUCAAUUUAGAAAUUUUUAUCUCCUGCUCUGUUAAUUUAACUUGAAUCACAGACAGGAGGCUGCUGCAGGCAGGGUAUUAACAAAGCAAGAUGUAAAAAAUUCUAUAUUAAAAGCAAUAGAUAAGGAAUUCUAACUUAAACACAUUGUGCAAUAAAGGAAGUUUAAACACUGGAUCUCUCUUUACAUGAAGUGUGCAGAUAGACCAUGUAGGUCACAUACAGGGUAAAUGUGACUAGGGCUGCAUAAACAAGGUGACCCCUUAAGACCGGAGGGUGUACAAUUCCGCCCUAUUUUAGGCGGCUCUAAACGCCGCCGGGCGUAAUUGUACGCCCUCGGUCUUUCUUUACUUACCCGGUGGGGGGGACUCCCAGGGAGCCCCCCACGGCACGUCCGACCCCCUGGAAGCCCCCCCGGCCAUGUGAGAGUGAGGUCCUUGCGAGGACCUCACAAUCACAUGGCUGGGUAGGCUGCCUGCUGUAUUGCCAGCAGGGGGGCUUCCUGUAAUGACAGGUGGUCCCCCUGCUGGCUGAAAAUAAAAUUAAAAUCAAUUAAUUAAGUGUAAAAAAAUAUAUAUAUAUAUACUUAGAUCAUAUAUAUAUGAUCUAAGUAUAUAUAUACACAUAUACAUACACACACAUAUACUGUCUAGGUGUAUUUUACUAUUAAUAUAUAUAUAUAAUUAUAUAUAUAUUAAUAUCAAAUUACACGUAGACUGAUACUGAUUAAAUAUAUAUAUAAUUAUUGUUAUAUAUAUAUUUAUAUAUAAUAUAAAAAAUUAAAUAUGUAAAUACGUUAAAAAAUAAAAUUAAAUUUUUUUUUUUUUAAUUAAAAAAUAUAUAGAUGUGUGUUAUUUCGUUCUAACUGUAUUGUGAUAUUAAUAUAUAUAUAUAUUUAUAUCAAAAUACACGUAGAACAAAAUAAUAUAUAUAUCUACAUACAUAAAUAUAUACGUAUAUAUCACUAUAUAUAUACCUAUAUAUAAAUAAAAAUAAAAAAAAUUAUAUAUAUAUACACAUAUAGAUUCACAUACAUAUAUAUAUACAUAUAUUAAUUCUACAUAUAUAUUUAUGUAAUAUUUUUACAUAAUUAGGUAUCUUAAUUAAUUACAAUUAGCGGGACCUGCCUGACAACCCAUGCCGAAAGUAAAGGGAAUUUAAUUUGCUAGCACUAUAUUUAACCCUAUAACUUUCCAAGACACCAUAAAACCUGUACAUGGGGGGUACUGUUCUACUCGGGAGACUUCGCUGAACACAAAUAUUAGUGUUUCAAAACAGUAAAAUGUAUUACAACGAUGAUAUCGCCAGUAAAAGUGCGUUUUUUGCAUUUUUCAUGCACAAACAGCACUUACACGGACAAUAUUAUUGCUGUGAUACUUUUUACUGUUUUGAAACACAAAUAUUUGUGUUCAGCGAAGUCUCCCGAGUACAACAGUACCCCUCAUGUACAGGUUUUAUGGUGUUUUCAAAAGUUACAGCGUCAAAUAUAAGGCUUGCGUUUCAUUUUUUUCACUUUAAAAUUCGCCAGAUUGGUUACGUUGCCUUUGAGACCCUAUGGUAGCCCAAGAAUGAAAAUUACCCCUAUGAUGGCAUACCAUUUGCAAUAGUAGACAACCCAAGGUAUUGCAAACAGGGUAUGUCCAGUCUUUUUUAGUAGCCACUUAGUCACAAACACUGGGCAAAAUUGGCGUUUUUUGCAUUUUUCACACACAAACAAAUACUAACGCUAACUUUGGCCAGUGUUUGUGACCAAAUGGCUACUAAAAAAGACUGGACAUACCCCAUUUGCAAUACCUUGGGUUGUCUACUAUUGCAAAUGGUAUGCCAUUAUGGGUGUAAAUUUCAUUCCUGGGCUACUAUAAAGUCCCAAAGGCAACGUAACCAAUCUGGCGAAUUUCAAUUUCAAAUGUAACGUGCUAUAUUUGACCCUGUAACUUCCCAAAACGCCAUAAAGCCUGUACAUAGGGGGUACUGUUUUACACGUGAGACUUUGCUGAAUACAAAUAUGUGUAUUUUAUUGCAGUAAAAGCAAACAGUAUUAAGACAUUGACAGUUAAAAUGUCAUGUAGAACUAAAAAAAUAAAAAAUAAAUCUUAUUUUCUUCAAUUUUUUUCAUAUUAAAUUAUGUUUCAUAGCUAAAUAUUUGAUAUUAAAUGAAAGCCCUGUUUCCCCUGAAUAAAAUGAUAUAUAAUAAGGGUGGGUGCAUUUACUAUGAAAGAGUUGAAUUACGGUUGGACAGACAUGUAGCGCAAAUGCCAGGUUUUGUUUACAUUUUGUUUCGUUCACAACGUGUACAUUUGGCUCCGUCCUUAAGGGGUUAACUCCUAAAUGGCAGAUAAUUGAGCAGUGAGAAUACAGGGGCAUAAUUUAUACACCAAACUGCUUCAUUAAGCUAAAGUUGUGUGGUGCAUAGAGUGUCCCUUUAAGAAUGAGAAAAUAUAUUCACCAAGCUAAUAAUUUAAACAUCUGUGGGGGGGGGGGAUAGCAUGACAGCUUUAAACAAGGACACCAAAGAUGUUUAUACCUUUAGAUAGACUUAAACCUAAGGCCAUCUGCAAUUCACCCAAAUGGUAGCAAAGUGAAUUACAUAUCAAUCAGUUAUGUGUUUGUUUCUAAAAGUCAUCACUUCCUGGAAUAUCAGUUUAAUAUAUAUAUAAAUAUAAAAAGCCUUUAACAUGAAAUAUCAAAGUCUAGUUCUCUAUAAGAGCAUUGUUCCUCUCUAAUUUGCAGUUUUGUAGAAUUCAGUGCCUGGAGAUGGUUCCUUCAAGCUUGUGAGAACUAGGUACUAUGCAGGGCCAUCUUUAACGCGGGGCAAACGGGGAAACUGCCCGGGCCCAGUUACUCCUGGGGGGCACGAAGCAGCUGCACCGGGGGCCCCGCUGGCCUCAACCAUUUCUCCCCCCCUCCGGCCUGUAACCCGCAUACUAAGGAGGCCCAGCAGGUGGCUCAUGCACUAAGGGCCACCCGGUGGGCUUCUGUCAACAGGGACCCGGAUGCGCGCUGAGGCGCUUUAACAGUGCGACCGGGCCCCUUGCUUUUUGGCGGCUGGCUGGGAGGAAGUGACUGCCGCGCGUCACUUCCUCCCACAAAGAGAGGCAGGGAGACGAGUAGGCAGAGUGGAGGGGGGCUUGCCAGAACCCAACUCCCAACACCUUCAGCCACCAGCAGGGAAGCCAGCCUCCAAGGUAGAAAAUUGGAGGGUGGGUUUAAAAGUGUAAAUUGUGUGUGUGUGUGUGUGUGUGUCAGUAUGUCUGUCAGUGUGCGUAUCAGUAUAUCUGUGUGUGUCAGUAGGUCUGUCAGUGUGCGUAUCAGUAUAUCUGUGUGUGUCAGUAGGUCUGUCAGUGUGGUUCAGUAGGUCUGUAUGUGUCAUUAUAUCUGUGUUUUUGUCAGUAUGUCUGUCAGUGUGUGUGUCAAUAUGUCUGUCAGUGUGUGUGUGUGUGUGUUUCAGUGUCUGUCAGUGUGCAUCAGUAUGUCGGUGUGCUUGUGUCAGUUUGUCUGUCUCUAUGUGUGCCAGUAUCUCUGUUAGUGUUAGUGUGUAUAUAUGUGUGUGUGUAUCUGUAUGAAGUUGUGUGUAUGUGUGUUUUGAUGUAUCUAUGUGUGUGUGUCUGUGUAUUUGCAUGUGUGUCAGGUUGUGUAUCUGUGUGUCAGUGUGUAUAUGUGUCUGUAUAUCUACAUAUGUGCCAGUGUAUAUAUCUGUGUGUCUGCAUGUGUUUCAGUGUGUAUAUAUCUCUGUGUGUGUGUAUAUGUGCAUACAUCUCAGCAUUCACACACUAACACCACACACAAAUACAUCCCUGCAUUCAAACUUCAACACUACGUACAAGCACACGUCUGUGUGACUCACCAAAAUUAUAUGUAAAUACACCCCUGCAUUAAAAAUCCAACACUACACAUAAAUACAUGCUUGCAGUCACGCCAACACCACAUACAAACAUAUUUCAUACAAAAACCUGUUUACAUUCAAACACACAAAAACUGCUUAGUGCUAAAUACAAACCUGCAAACAUGGGUAAAUGGUAGAGCCCCAGCCGUCAAUGCAUUUCUGGAGUUGCAUCUACCUUUUAAACAUCCUUGCAAUAGGGAAGCCCCAAAAAAUGAUUGCACCUCUCUACUUUAGGUUGCCACUGCGUUGGGGUUGAGGACGUCAUUGCACGCCUGGGGAGGGGGGACAGGGUCCAGGGGGAACAAAGAAAAUGCUUUGCCCAGUGUCCAGUCAAUAUUAAAGACGGCCCUGGUACUAUGGAUUUGCAAACUUCAUAUUAGCAUCCUAUGCUGUACCCCGAUGUCGGAAGCUUUAAGGAACAUUUUCACUGAAUUCUACAAAUCUGCAGUUUAUGGUCCAGCAAUGCUCUUAUAGUUCAUUAAACAUUGGGCUGUUAUGUUGGUGUCUUACUGUGUGAACCAUUUUAAGCUACAUUUAUGAUAUUGUAUUUAUUUACAUAUUGAUUAUUCUUUUUAUUUACUCUAAACUGAUGUCAUGCAAGUGAUGGCUUUGAGAGGCUUAUCAUACAAUGUACACAUUAGAUAUGUAUGUUGUGUUUUGUUACCAGCUCUGUGAGUUGUAGUUGCCUUCAGAUAAAUGUUUAGUGUUCCUGCAUCAUUUGUCUUGUUUGUACUGAUAGACUAGGUGGCAGCAGGACAAGUGUGUUUUCAUUGCCCCUUAAAUUGUAUUAUGUUUGUAUUAUAUAUCAGACUAAUUCUGGGUCUUUGUUUAUUUUCUUUUAUCUGACACUUUUGAAUAGGAGAAAAGCCCCACCAAUGCAGCAUCUGCUGGAGGUCCUUCUCGUUAAAGGAUUAUCUAAUCAAACAUAUGGUGACGCACACUGGCGUGAGGGCCUAUCAGUGUAGUAUCUGCAACAAGCGCUUCACCCAGAAGAGCUCCCUCAAUGUGCACAUGCGCCUCCAUCGGGGCGAGAAAUCUUAUGAGUGCUACAUUUGCAAGAAAAAGUUCUCUCACAAAACCCUGCUCGAAAGGCAUGUGGCUCUCCAUAGUGCUACCAAUGGAACUGCCAGCAUCCCAGUCCCUGUUCCAUCUACAGGUUCAACACCAGGUUCAGCUCAGGCUCCUGUUUCCAUCCCAGGACAGGGGUUGCCUUCAGCUCCCACUAUGGCUCUAGGUCCAGUCUUGCCUUCAGCUCCAAAUAUGGUUUCAGGCACGGCCUUGCCUCCAGCCUCCAGUAUGGUUCAAGCCUCGGUCUUGCCUUCAGCUCCCAGUAUAGUACAAGCUCCAGUCUUGCCUCCAACUCCUAAUAUGGGUCAAGCCCCGGCCUUGCCUCCAGUUCCCAGUAUGGUUCCAUCUCCGGUCUUGCCUUCAGCUCCCAGUAUGGUUCCAGCUCCGGUGUUGUCUCCAGCUUCAGUUCAUGCCACCGCUCCAGUCUUGGCUCCAGCUCCAGCCUUAGUUCCAGCUCCAGUUUUGGUCUCUGCUUUAGCACCGACCCCAUCACUGGCUCCAGCCCUGACCCCUGCAUCAACUCCUGGUCCUCUACUUGUCACUCGUCCUGGGCCUGCAAGUAAUGGGGCCAUACCAUGCCCCGAGGGAACAACGUACGUUUGCUCAGUCUGUCCAGCUAAGUUUGACCAAAUGGAGCAUUUUAACGACCAUAUGAGAAUGCACGUUUCAGACGGAUAAAUAUCAUCCAUUCUUACGAACAAAAACAAACAAAAGCUAUGGCACUAGAAUUUAAGAUUUUUGUUUAAAUUUUUAGUAUUUUUUCUGUUUGUUUUUUGUUUUUGUUUUGUUUAGUUUUUUGGCAUUUUGUACUACAUGAAGAACUGUAUUGCCUGCUGGUACAUUACAUUUCCGGAGAGUGGGUGAAUAUAUAUAUCUAUAUAUCAAGAUAUAUAACCUGCAUAUAUAUUUUAUCCAGUCUCCCUCAGAUGGUGGCCUUAAGGCCUGGUAGAAAUACCUGAAUUUCCACUGGUUGGAAUUCAAGCUACUGGCCUCUAAAUACAACCCUUCUUUGAGAAAAAAAAAGACAAAAAAAAAAAACAAAAAAAAAACUCAUGAAAAAAAAAUUUAAAAUCCACGAAAAAGCUACAAAAAUAAAAACUUUACUUUUUUUCCACUUGUGUAGAGCACUACAAAAAAAAAACAAAUAAUAUAAAGAAAUAUUAAAAAAGGCCUACUGUCUCCUAACAUGCCGCUAACAGUGUUUAUUUUUUUAUUUUUUGUUUAUUUUUUCCCCCCUUGCUUUUUAAUCCGAAGGAUAUUCUUAUGCAUUUAACCGCUGGGACUUCAAAAUAUCUGGUUCACAGAGAAAAAACAACUCAUCAAAAAAAAAGUUUCAUUUUUUGAUGGCUGCUGCGGCAUUAUAUGAUUUUGUUUUUAUUGUGAUUUUAUUUUUAUUUGAGGGGAAGUGGGAGGGAGGUGAAGUGGAGACACAGGGUAACUGUGUGAGGCUGGCAUGACAUAGGUACAAAUUAACACCCAGAACUGGAGUGGACAGUUAGGUAACCUUCCUUCCAUUCCGGUUAAUUUGUCUGCCUACAUACCCAUAAUCCCUCUCUCCUUUCAUCCUUCUACCCGUCCACAACUCUGUCUCUCAUUUGCAGCUGAAGACCAGAAGGAAAAUGGAAACACAUAAAACCAUACAAUGGCAAUGAUGAAAAAAAAAAAAGUCUACAGUGAGAAAUUCAACCUACUUUCAAGUAACUCACAUUUAUUCAUGUUAUCGUUCCUGAUGCAGUACAGGACAAGGACUAACAGAAAGCGUGGUAUGAUACAAACCAUAAAUACUUUAUACAUGGAACUGAUAUGUCAAAGACUAACACCCAAGGUAUACCUGACCGCUUCUUUUAAUUUUGGUAUCUUCUCCUGUUUGUAAGAAUUGAAGAGUAAUAAUGGUUCAACAGCAUUAAUGGAAAUAAGUGAGGCAGCUGAGGGUCAUAGAUCUUGGCAUCUCCAUUGUACAUUGACAUCUCAUUGGACUGGCAAGGCCCGUAAGAUGUCACUAAAAACAGAUUGUUCCUAAAGGUGAAAUUCCAUUUGAGAAGUACAGCAAACUGCGUAAUGGUGAGUUUUUCAAUAUGCCAAAAUGUUUUCGUGGAAGAUCAUCAGAAUUCGUCUGCCAGCGUUAAGGUUUAUUGUAAAACUCAACAUUACGUCUUUUGCAGCAAUGUAACAAUAACGUUUUCAUUGUUUUUAAGGCUGUAAAAGAUAGAUUCUACUUUAGUUGACUCCAAAGGUUCAAGGUUUUGGUUACAUGUAAAACAGAGGUUUCAGGACAUGUCUGUAGGAGCAAAACUUCCCAAAUCUACUCCGAGAUUCUUCAAGAAACAUCUGUUUCAAAGAAAAAUAUUUUAAUGAUAAGUUGAUGAGAGGCAAAAACGCCACUCGCAUUGGCAUUUUUUGUUCUGGAUUGAACUCUAACCUUUGAUCUAGAUGUACCAAUGGCUGAAAAUUAUUUUUAAGUAUUUCCCAAAAGGGUAUGUCGCAGGUAACAUCUCACAAUUCUAAUCAUCUUAGAAAAAAUCUAUGUAUAGACAUUCUCAUUAUUGGAGGCUUUUGUUAAAAAGAGUCUAAAUGAAAUCUCCAAUGUAAGUCUGUAGAGGCCUAGUGCUGCUUAUAUGAAUACCAAGCCUUCCGUUUCUCUGAAUCUCCUCUAUGGGUUUUGGGAAUUCUUGCAAGAUGCCGAGAGCAUGACUCUCAAACCUAUUGUAUUGCUGAACCUGAUAAUCGAAGGAUGGUGAGCAGUAAUAUUUUGUGCACUUUGCAAACAAGGAAACUAUUAAUGUCAACCUUUUAAAUGCCAGACAGGUGUGCAAAGCAUUGCUUUCUCCCAACCAUUCCUGGCACUUAAAUGGUUAUAUUAUGUAUUUUUUAUGCAGCUGUUAGAAACACCAUAUGUUAUGCUCAGGCUGGGAGUGGAUUGCAUAAUGAGAGAAAUUGGCGGCUUUCGUUCAAGGGUGCCGCUAAUUCACACUGGGUGGAGCUGUUUUUGUGGAACAGCUCUACACAGAUUGGGAAAUGAAGAUAGUAAAAGCAAGUGAUUGGAGGAAACCAAAAACCAGACAGUACAAAACCUAUCUCCAAAUACAAAUGCCGCUUGUUUUUAUUUAUUUUUUUAGUCUUUGAUAGAGUUUGUAACUUUUUGGCUGUCAUGGAGGAAAUGUCAGUUGAAUUGAAGCUAACACUUAGGGCAGCCAAUAGGUAAGGUGAUCGAGUCAAUCAGAAUGCAAGAAAGCGAUCAAGACUUAUGUUUCUCAAUCAGUUCCUUCCUCUGUGUGGUCUCUGCACACCACCACUAAUAUUUCUUUGUGGGUUUUUUUUCUCUAUAUUUUAUUUUAUUUUAUUUACUUUUGUUGUUGUCGUUAAUAAUCUUUAAACCGAAAGCUUAGUUGCCUAUUAGUGAACUUGCCAUCGAUAAAAGAGGAGAAAAGCACUUUCUGCAUACUUAAAAAUGUAUAGUGACAGAAACACAUGUCGAUUGGGUGAAAUAUAUUCAAAACCUAGAACUGAGAUCAAUCAAUUGAUCAGACAGUUGGAUCUCCAAACGCAAGAUCCAUACUGUGUCAUUUCUUCCAUGCAAGUCUCAGGCAUGUCCCAAUCUUCAAUAAAAUAAUUGCUACAAAUUAUCACUAAUCUGGAUUGUUUGGAAGAUCAGCCCUGUUACAGUAAUGUAUGUCAAAUUGCCCCAUCAUGUAUACAUGGGUUUGUACAUUGUCGACAUCCACCCAACCCAAGUGUAGAGUUUAUUAGCAGUUACGGGGUCAUGGAAAGGUUGUAGACCACCGGGGCAUUGAAGCAAAGUAUUUGUUUAUAGACACCUUUCCUAAAGCUUCUUUGGCCACUUUCUUCUCUACAUAGGUAAAGCACCUUCAGUGCCAGAGUCUUCAGCAGCACUGCAACAUCAGAAAUUGUUUAUUUUUACUGCAAAUCUGACCAGCAAGAAAAGGCAGACACUUUAUGAGUUACCUGCUCCUUUUAAGCCAUUACCUUGUCUCAAUCUUCUCCAGUGUAUGUUAUUGUGUUUAUCGCUUCAUAGACUGCCAAGUCCUUCAGUUCCCUCUGACCUGCUUAUUCGCUCUUUAGUUGAUUGUUUUGUUUGAAUGGCUAUUUUUUGGUAGACUAUCUCCAUAGGAACGUUGUUGAUGUUUAAUGCUGUUUUAACGAGAGUUUAUGGAUAUAACAGAAUGCUUCCUGAUUGUUGUGUUGUGGGUUUUUUGUGCGCGCAAGGCACGUGGAGAGGAACUGUCCGCAAGCCUGGUUUUAGAAUUGGAAGUAUCUAGUAGUGGACACGAAGAACAGUAGGUAUAGAUGUAUCCAGUGAUGAGUCUUCCACAGUCAUCACUGGAGCCCCUCGGUCCUUCAAAAUACUUAGGUAACAGGGUAUUUAAGAGAAGAUGUUGUUAGUUUUUUACGUUUUCUUUUAUGGUUUGGGCAUUUUUUUAGUCUUUGAAUGUUAAACAAAGUUGUAUUUCAGCAACAUCAUCCUAAGAAGGUGGAAUUGUCAAAAUAAAAUAUUGAAAGACCAUUAUUAGUAUUACCCUUAACUAAAUCUUUAGUGUUCUUAAGCUGAAAGUAACACUAAAAAUGAAGAAUGUGUAUGCAUAGGCACAUUUGUGGUGAGGAUAUUGAAAUUGUCACUCCUGUUCUCCUUGAAAUUUGAUAAUAGUCGUAUCCCACCACCUUCUGGCACAUCAUCUAAUACUGGUGUAUCAGACAACCCUCUGGCUGUCUAAUUGUUAAAAUCCUUUGACCCAGAAUAGGUAUAACACAAGUAAACUCUUUCCGUGCCAAUUCACCAAGCGACUCAUUGAGUUCAAUGGUUUUGUCAUCCAGAUAUCUGUCACAGAGUUUUGUGAAAUCUUUGUCCAAUCACAUACAGCACCUUUACUAUGAGAACACCGAAGGACUUGAUGUAAGAUAUUUAGCUCUCUUUUCCCUUGUUUAAAAUAAAAAAAAAACACUUGUGGUACACUCUGCCCUUUAUGUAGGAUUGUCAUAUCUCUGUCUUCAUAGGACAACUGUAUGAUUUACUGAGGGAUUCAGAAUGAGGAUCUAUCGAGGUGCAUUCCGUUAUCAUAAGUCUGCUAGGUGAGUACACCUAAAACAUUGUUGGGAUCAACAUGGACAAUAUGGACAAACUAGAAAUCCAGAGUUUCUGAUUUAGAAUUGGAAGAAGGCAUAAGUAAUUAAACUAGGAGUAUUGGUGGUUUAUUGGUUUUGAUGAUAAUGGUUAGAGUUUGGCAUCUAGUAUACAUCAAGACUUUAUAUUAUAUGCCGAUCUGUCUAGUCCAUCACAGUUAAAUAUCUGUUGUUGUGUUUCACAAACAGUUGUUUUUGUUGGCAUUCAUGGAGUUUUAUGGAGACCGUGGAGUGCUACCAUGGAUAUCUUCCUGAAGGGGCAGAAAUUAAGAAUCUACUUACUGGACUGCAGGUUCAGAGAUCUUCCCAAAGGAUAGGAAUUAGAAGUCUCUCUGCGGAACUGCUGGCUCAGAGAUCUUCCUAAAGUGGCAGGAAUUAGAUGUCCCUCUCUGUUAGACUGCUGGCUCAGAGAUCUUCCUAAAGUGGCAGGAAUUAGAUGUCCCUCUCUGCUGGACUGCUGGCUCAGAGAUCUUCCUAAAAGAGCAGUAAUUAGAUGUAUCUAUGCUCGACUGAUGGCUAAGAGCUCUUUCAAGGGGUAGGCUGUGUUUCAAUAUGGUCCAUACCCAGUCUAUUUAAAUUAUUUUCUGUUAUUGUAACGAGAUGAUACACAGAUGAUACACAUUCUACAAGCCCAGUGAGUUUUUGUACCAUAUAUCGUUAGACAUAAAACAAUUAAAGCAAUGACCAGCUUAUUACACCGUGAAUCCUUAACUCUUAUGAUAUGAGUUUUAAAUAUAAUACAUUAAACUUAUUUACAUCUUCAAGUCACCAUACUCUUUGUAUUGAUUAUAGCCGCCUGAAUGAUGGUGAAUAAAUUAAAUGUAAUUCCAUGUUUGAUCCGUUAAAUAUCACCUUCAUUGUCUUCUUAAAAAAGGAGAGAGCACAGUGACUCUGUCAAAGAGCAGGGUUUCAUUUCCAUUUUAUUGGUAGCAAUCACAUUGUGCAUAUGAUGAUAAUACUUUAGUUUUUAUCUUAAUAAUCUCGAUGUAGAUAAGUUUUUAAAAAAUCCAUAAUAGAUUAAUUUAUUAAUGUCACUUAAUUAAUCUCAGCAUGGAGUGUGGGUUACUGGAACAAAAAUGGCUGUAGAGAGCAUGUGAAAUCAGUGGCCAAUCAGAAACUGAUGAUUUACUAGGUGCUCCUAGCUAAUGGUGACCAGUAGAGAGAGAGUUUUAUGAACACCUCUGAUUAUAGUACAAACUGCUAGCUAAAUAUUUUAGAACUAAAAUGGAGUAAAGAUUUUAAAAUGACACAAAGCAUUAUAUGAUGAAGCAUAGAAACAUGUAUUUGAUAACAAAGCCAAUUUAAUUAGAAAAGGCACAUUCAGACUGUAACUAUUUAUUAAUUGCUCAAUAGCUUCCACAAAUUUAAAAUCCUAAAAAAAGUGUUGCCUUUUUCUUGUCCUUUAGAAAAUUCAUCUAUCCUGGCAUAGCCUUGUACUUUUCAUUUGAGCUGAAGUGUCCCACAGUCUCCUGCUUUCUCAUUUUCUGCCACUAGAUGUCUCAUUCUUUCUCAAACCUUAUCUCCUCUAUUACCAGAUUGUCUUGUCCAGGCAGGACUACUUACUCAUUAUUAUAUCUGUGUAAUUCUGUAUCAUUUAUUACGGUUUCAAUAAAUGUAAUAAUGUUAAACUAUAGUGAUAUCAUGUCCCUUUUAACAUUGACAGCUUUUGAAAGGUAUCAUGUUCCUGAUUAGAAACCAGUAUACAUUGUUUUCAAUGUAUAAAAAACAAUAUUAAUUAUUUUUUUAGAGUAUACCUGGUAACUCUAUUGUAGAUUUCUUGGGUUCCUUUAUCCUAAAUGGUAGCAGCAGGAGAACAUAGUUUAUGGUUAGAAUGGUUAUUGUCAGGUUUUUAGUAGAGUAGAUGGAUCUAAACACCACUACUGGUAUUGACGCUCCAGGACCCAUCAAUUCACUCCCAAACCCAGGACUUCUGGGACAAAUCUGGUCAUUUUCCAGGUAUGCCAAGUUACAGAUCCCAGCUAACUUGCAAAGUAGUCAUAUAAUUAGGUUUUCUGGGACCAGCAUUCUAUGUUUGCCCUCAGACAAAGAUUUAUGAGAUGGCCCAUUAGACUUCUUACAAGUUGAUCAUGUUUUUGAGUAUCGCAAAGUGUUCCUUUGUGUUUGGUUUCUUAAUUGGAAAGUUUUGGGAAAAGGUUUGAGAAAGGAUAUGUUGUCCUAAUUUAAUGAUGAGCUUAUAUAUCUUAUUAUUAGCUACUCUAAUAAUUUACACUUUGCUGCCAAGACAGUACAAAAAAUUCAACAUGAUUGUGCCUGCUAAUAUAUCAAAAAUUCCUUUUAAUUGUCCUUAUCUAUCAGUAUAUUGGUCAUAGCUACACCACAUCUUCAAACUCCAAAAUGCUGUAGUGAAAUUGCUGCUAGUUUAAAGGAGAGACUGUGUAGACUCUGACACUACACAAUAAAGAUUUUAUCACUACAAAAAAUCAUUUACACUAACUAAAACCUUACAACGAAAACAAAGACGAAACACUUCACUCAUAACGUAGGAAACAAUAUGGAAUUAGCUCUUGUAAAAUCAAAAUUGUGAUUGGGACACUGGUUUGUGACAGUGUAACAUGUAAAACAUGCUGUUCUCUGGGAAGGUUUAGACUAAAUCAUUCUGAAAGGAUUUCCGAUACAGCUCUUGUCUUCCACUGUUAAUUUUUUAUGACGUAAAAGAAGGGGUCAUUUGUAUUUCCUGACUUUCCACGGUUGUUUCAUUUGGCAUGAUUACACGGUUAAAAUGGUAGUAUGUGCAUCUAACGUGGAAAUGUACCUGUUCGUAAACAGACUCUGAUAAUUAAUUAUCCCUCUCUGAAUAUACGCAGACAGUUGUUCUCGCACCGUGAAGGAACGUACUGCUCAGCUGACGUGACUUGCUACUUUGGAACGUGCAGCCCACUGCUAAUAUCUUUGUAACUCAUUGUCUUUCCAUCCACUACCUUAUUUAAGAUAGAGCAAUACAGGCUAGGUCCUUGUUUUCUAUUGAAAUGUCUCAUUAAGAAUAUAUUUGCACUAUUAUAGACAAGGGCCUCAAACUAACCAUGAGCACUUGUAAGCUUACUUGUCCAUUCAAACACACGCUUUGUUGGCAGUUGUUGUAAACAUUUGCCACUUUGCUAUUAUGACUCUGCUACAUUUGACAGACUUUAACUCCAGCAAUGAGAGGUAUUCUGUGCCUGUGCUGGCAAAAUCUUUUCUCUUGCAUUUUCCCUUAGAGGCCAUGAUGAGGCUAAAAGCACUAGGGGGCAGUGUUUUACAAAUCUUCAGAGUUAUUCGUGUUUAUCAUCCCAGUGGACAUACAGAGAGAUCAUUACUAUGUUCCGUACUUAAGUUAGACAAUGUCGUGGGCUUCUUAGAGUAAUAAGCCAUUUAACUGCCAGUUAAUAUCUGUCACCCUGCGUUAUACAGAGCCUAGCUUAAUCACUAUUGUGUGUCCCAGGGUGCAGAACUAAUGUGAAUGGUAAAUAGACUUAAAUUCACCACUAAAACUCUACAAACACACAUAUCAUUAUUACACAUUAUGAAAGAUGAUUGCGGGAUAAUAGAAGUUUUAGAGAAUGCAAUCAGAUGUUAAAUAGCAAUAUCUAACAUGAUGACUGCAAACAGAAUCCCAUCCAAAUCUCAUCCAAUGUCAGAGAUUACAUCUUAAUUACCCUUUGGAAUUCUUUAAAUGUGCUCACCUUCAGACAUGUUUCCUUGGAAAGGCGUGUCUUUUUUGCACCCAUAGGUCUUCUAUUCAAUCCAAAAAUAUCUGGACUCAAUGUUCCAUCCCGGAACAAGCUUUGAGAAUGAAACUUGUUUGAGCCACAUGAAAAGGUUCACAAGAUUAGAAUCCAAUCAUUCAGUGCUGCUCUGUGUCCUAGGGACUUUUUGGACAUGGUUAUAUAUUUGUCUAUAUUUGGUAGAUCCCAUUUUGGAGUUUCCUUACCAAUGUUCUUCUGUGAGUGCUUUCCAACGUUUGUAAGUUUGCUCUAUGCCUUUUGUUUGUUUUUUGUUGUGUUCAUUAUUGCACUAAGUUUGACUGCACUGCAUCGUACUACUGACAAGUGAUUGCACAUGCCGAGAGACAAAUAAGCAAAAGGAAAGAUGAGCAAGUGAAGCUUUAGUUUGUGGCUAGACCAGAAACAAAGUUGGAAUGGGUCCAACCCACUUCUAGAAAUGAUCUUCCUACAUGAAUCCACAAUUGAUUGCCUUCCUAAUUUUUUCAUGAAUAAAGUAUUAUGACACAUUGUAUCUGAUAUCCUUCCCUAGUAUUUCAACUACCACAAACUGGACAAAGCGUAAAGCUCGGUUUAUUAUCAACCUUACAAACAAGCAAAGCUUUCUGAGACUGCCCUAGCAUUGGCUAUAGACACAAACCCAUCACAGAACAGAAAUUAUGAAAGCAGUUGAGGAACCCACCAACUCUUUCUGUUGUACUUUUGACAUUUGGAGUGUGACAUUCUUUAUUGUGACAGAAUUAUUAUUGUUUGACAGUGCUUCCGGACAGACACAGAGUGUUGCGUUGUGGUCAGAAUUUUUCGUCAUGGGAAUUGUAACAUCAUUUCACAAUGAAUGCUAGAACAGAAGACAACCAUUGCCUAUUGGCUGGUCUUUGGUCAAAAUGUAACUGCUCUUUGGUAGCGUGAGACAAGGAUAUUACAAACCCUCUUUUUGAACGUGCCAUGCCUUCAAUCUUCUAAACAUGAUGUGAUAUCUGUCUUCGGACAUUAUCACAUUAUCUGUGGCGUUACAUUUUCAAUGUCCUCUUUCUGGGCUGAGGUUUUAUUGGUUAGUAACAUCACAAAACAUGCAUUCAGAUGUUUGAACAUGUAAAUGUGUUUAGUUUAGUUUGUGUAUGUGUGUGUGUUAUAUAACUGUCCAUCUUCUAGCUUCCAAAAUGUAUUCUCUGCGAUCUCAUUAGCCUAUGCUGUCUAACAGUGCCACUGCACUGGCUGUCAUCUAAAAAAAAGGCAGCGUUACACUUUAAAUCUGUUUAUUGUAAUCCAUCAAAUUCUCUUUUAGAAAUUUGUGUAGUAGUCAGACCAGACUACAGCAUCACACAACAAUAGUUCUGUCUGGUCGAGCUGAUCUAGAAGAUAAAGACUAACUUAACGUGUCUUCACGUGUCCUUCAAGUGGCAAUAGAUAGGAAAACAAAUUUAAUAAAGUUUUUUUUUUUUUAAACUUCUGUUUUCCUUGGGACAUGUAAUCUGAUUUUUUUUUUCAAUGCCUGCUUGCUGCAAGGUCCUACUGAUCUCAGACAGCUAUGAAAGCUGCCUAUGAAGGUGGGAUGUCACUCCUGCAAUGCUGUGAUUAGCUAAUAUUUGCACUAGACUUUAAACAAGUACUAUCAACUGGAGCUGCCGAUUAUGAUAAUCUACACAAACAAUAGUUUGUGCUUUUGUAAGUCACGGACGUAGAUUGUGGAACGAAGAAAGGGAUCCUAUGAUGGUCAUAUCAGUGGAUUGUCCUGUGUGGUCUUUACUCUCUACACACGAGGUUCUCCUCUAGUUCUGUAGCUUACGUUGUACCUAUCGUUUUCCAGCACACCGUUCUGUCCAUAUCGGACUGGCCAGUAUCUGAUUAGAAAUUGGAUAAUCACACUUAAAUAACCCACUUCGCUCCAGUCCACUGCUUGCUUUGGUUUACAUUUUCCCUCUCCUGGUUACGGAAAAAGAGGGAAGGUCUUUUUUACCCAGAGCUCUUGUUUGGAAUUCUGGUUUUGAGUUGUAUAUUGUUGGCAUCUGCUUUCCUGUGAGACGUUCUUUGUGUACUUACAAUGAAGCAUUGCACAUAUUGUUAUUUUCCCUGUGAAAACAAUUAAAACAGGAAUUAAUUUGUAAUAUUAUUAUUUUAAAGAGUAUCGAAAGUUGUUGAAUGAAUCGAAUGAAAAGAGAUCAUUGUUAAAAAUUAAAUAAAGUAAUCAAGAGAAGGAGUUUGGAGAUUGACCAGAUCAGUUUUUUUUGUUUUUUUUUAAGGAAACCCCUCUUUCAACUGCCACCUAGUUCUGGACCACUGGUAAUCACCUUGAGUUAGCAUUGGUCAAUCACGUGGCUAUAUGCUCUUAGAAAGUUUCACCCACACAAAUCAAUGCCGUGUUUUUCAUUUGUCUAAACUGGUUUGGCUUAUUCCAGAGGUAGUUUUAUUUAUUGUUUUAGAAAAGUGGAUACCUUCUGUAUGUUCUUAAUUGCUCACAGCAAACUUAGUACAACUUCAAGAGAAUGGACUCGAGGGCUCUCUAUUAAUGGUAAAGAAAAAUUUGAAAUGACCAGCAAGUUCCGCUCAUCUAGAAAGACCAAAAUACUGGCUGGUUGGAAUCUUUGUUUAUACAGUAACUCUCGGUCAUAUAGCAUAAAGAUAGUUUUCUUUACCAAGUAACAGAAGUCUACUAAAUUUUUGUGAGCAUAAGAACACUCCUUCUUGUCCACCGUCUGCCUAGCAGUGCUCAUUUGCAUUUGCCGUAUUUUUUUAUUACUAUGUCAAUGUUAUUAUGUUUUGGUGAGUUUUUUUUUUUUUUCUUUGUAUUGGUAAUCAAUAUUCUUAAAUACUAACACCCAUCCUCAUAUUUAACCUUUACAAGCAGUAUCAACCUUUUAUGUGAACAGCAAUUUAGGAAGAAGAAAAUUAGAAAAAAUAUUUGAUGUUGUAUGCUUUAUUAUUUUUUUUUAUCAUUGUUAAUAUGUAAUUCUACUGUAGACCAAAAUAAAAUUAGUAAAAAAGGCUUCAUUUCAGUCAGAGGUAAUGGGAAAAGUGUAAAUCAGUUUUUAAUAUUUACAUGUUUUGUAAAGAUUCUCUUACCUGUUUGUUUUGUGUUGGGUUGCUUGUGGGGGCAUAAUUCUUAUUUUAUUUUAUUUUUUUAAAGCUUGGCCUUCUAACAACGAUCGAGACAAAACAAUGCUUACCAGUUAUAGGGAGCUUUUUAAGUACAAAACUAUUUCAUUCUCUUAUAAUAUAUAAUUUUUUAUUGUAUCGUUGAUUCCUUGCGCAUCAAGACUGCCAGAAACUAUUCCAAAAGGCAAAUAUAUGAGGGGUUGAAACAUUGUUGCUCCAUCUUGUUUAUUGUUUUUUUGGUAAUGUCUUGAUAUCGUUUUAUUGUUUUUGUAUAUAUUGCUAUAUAUGCUUUUUUUAGCAUGUUUGUUAGGAAAAAAUAUAUAAUUUGGCAGCAGAUUUUGAUCAGGAAAGGUCAUGAUUGGGAUUUUGCUCAACCUCUUUACUUAACCCCUUAAAGACACAUGACAUGUGUGACAUGUCAUGAUUCCCUUUUAUUCCAGAAGUUUGGUCCUUAAGGGGUAAAAAAAAAAAAAAAAUAAUAUUUUGCAAGUGGUGGAUGCAAGAUUAGCAAACUGGUUUAAAACAUACAAAAAGCAUAAUUCUAGAGCUACAAAGUAUCUGCCAUCCAUUAUAUCAGUAAUUGCCACCUUAUGCACCUCUGAUUCUGCCACUAAAAAUAGUUUUAUAGCUUUGACACUUUCCUUGCAGUUCCAUGGGUUGUCGUUUGUCUAAUCAUAAUUCCGCAUUAUCACAUUAACUCAAACCAGGGGGACCGAGGUCCUUCUUAAGAUCUGGUUUGAGUUCAUACAAUAGGAAUGGGCACCCCAUUUAAACAAGAUAAGUGUCAAACCAUUCGCCUGGUGUCUCCUGGUACCAUAACCUCUGUAGUGGUUAUGGUACCAGAGUGUUCCUUUAAAAUAGAAAUUGUGCAUAACUGAAAUUGGGAUUUUACAUAUAAGCUGUAAUAGCAGCAUUUUAUGUUAUUUCUACUUUGGCCUAAACUGUACAGUGCUCAUGUCGAUUCUUCCCAUUUCCUCCUUUUGAGACAUAACUACGAUAUUAAAGAUUUUUAAAAAAAAAAACUUUAUUUUUAAUGGAAAUUUCAAAGUUUUUUUUUUAAUGUAACUUUUAUAUAGAGCAACAAAUAUUUUCAGCAAAGUGUCUCCUACUUAGUAAAUCUUGUAACCAACAUUGUGCAGUUGAUGACAUCACAUUUUUUUGUAGUCUCUUCCCCCUACGUUUCUGGCAAAGGAUACAUAGCAGAAAGCUUCAUGGCCAUUGUCAAACUAGAUUUGUCAUUGCUCAGUUUGCUACCUCCUGCCAGUGGGGCAUCCUCCACCUGCAAAUCCUUACAAACACAGUGUAAGGUGCUUACAAUGCCACAAAGACAUGAUUCAAUAACCUUGAUGAAAAUCAUUGUGUAAAGGAAAAAAAAACAAAUGUCGGAAUUCUUUUGUACUUUUUUUUUUUGUUUGCAAAGAGUCUUUUGGAAAGGAAGGAAACCUAUUUUUGUUGUGUAAUAUAUUUUCUAUUUUUGGAUGCAUUAUAUUGGUAUAUGACUGUUUUUGUUUGUUUGUUUUCCUUUGGUGAAGGCAUUAAUAAAAUAAAAAAUAAAAAUGUAAAAAAAAAAAAAAAGAAUUAAAAUAAAAUAAAACAGAGAAUAAAUCUGAAACAAUCUAUGUUUUGCCCUUAUGGAUAUGCUGCAGUUCUGAGAUGUUAAAGCUGAUUUGGCAAUGAGUGUUAAUGAUGGGAAACGUGUACUUGCUACGAUGUAUGUAUCCACUGCUGUUAAUUUGGUGUUGAAGAGGAAGUAGUAAAGGGAUUGUUGUGUUUUAACAUAUUUUUUUUUUCUUCAAACAAAUAUUAUUUAUAAGAGAUGUCAGAGACACUGGGCUUACAGUUUAAGUGUAAAAAAAAACAAAAAAAACAUUUUCAAGAUAUAUUACUGAAUGGUGUCCCCAAAAUCUCCUUUAAAACCUUUAAUUUUUUAAUAUCCUCUUGUUCUUUUUGCCAAUCAAUUUUUACUAAAUUGAAUAUAAUUUGUAUGUUAUUGCUCAAUCUAGUAAUUCAUUCGAUCAGGGUUAUUCUAUAAAGUCAGAAUUGUCAGGAACUAAUCAAGGAAUUGCAGUUAAAAAAAAAAAAGCUAAGUUGAAAGUAUUCUCAGUUUAAGCAAUUUUUUUAUUUUUUUUUACAAUUCCCUGUUCAAUUCCUGGUUUUGUCAAUCUUUUAAUUCUGUUCAUUACUUUUACUGCACUCACAGUGCUUUCAAAAGUAGAUUGUCAAAUAUAAUAGGUGACACUAACAAGCAUAUGAUAAAUACAGGGUAAAUCAUCACAUAUUUAAAUUCCGUUUUGUCAGCAUUGAUAUUACUUUGCACACAUGUUUUAAAUUCAGUCUGAAAGGGGGACACCAUUAAACACAAAAAUUGCCAUUUACUGGAGGUGGUGAGCUGAGGACAUUUAUUCACCAGUCUGAUUUUUUUCCAUUCUGAGCUGUUUAACCUGGCUAAACAUACAUACAUUUAAGAAGGAAGCUCGACGGUUCUGUGUACAGUAUCUUUUUGUUUGACCUCUGAAUUAUCUAAUUUUCACCAAUCACAAUGACGCGUUUUCUCUGUAGUUAGUGCUUUUUGUUGUUCUCGCUCUUCUAAACUGCUUAUAUUAAUCACGCUUUUUAAUUUGUUUCUACCUUCCUGCUUCUAUAAGGUAUCAAUGGUGGUGCCUCGCUGCCAUAAUUUACAAACUCUCUGCUACUUUGUUGUCUUAGAAAUUAGCACAAUUUGAUAACAUCCCGUCUACAGCUGUCAAUUGAUAGUACGAUUGUAGUGUUCUUCUGUAAAAUAUAGUCUUUAUGCACAGGACCUUAAUUGUCCAAAAUCUUUCUUUCUCUCAACCUUUUUGUAUUUGAUCAUUAGCAGAUAUCAUUAUUUUGAUCACAUAUGACUAAACUUAACCAUCACUAUAUUUAAUUUAAAUAGAAUUAUCAGAUGUGGCCUUAAAUGCAUCCACCCACCCCCCUUGUGUAAUUAAUUAUUUAAGUUGUUUUGUUCGGCACACUUAUGAUAACCAGACCCGUAGUAUGCAAGGGUUUCUUAUCAGAACAGCUGGCCUAGACAUCACUUGCAGCAAGAAAUAGCAAGUUUAGUGCUUCCUAUCACAGUAGGGUCAGAAUUGACCUUGGGUGCUGAAUGUUGAAACGUUCGUCACCGUGUACAAAACUAAAAAUAUAUGUUCUUCACUGCCAGAUAAACGUCUAUUCUUCACUGUGAUUACUGCCUUUCUCUAGACUUGAACUUACUUCUCGCCUUCUCACUGCAAAAUUUAGUUUGUUCUUCAUCUAUAUCCUCCUCGCCUUUUGUUUUGCUUCAAAAUGAUACUUGUACAAUAGGAAAAACAAAUGCAGUAUGGAAAAAGUUUUACGCACAGACAUGUUACGUGUGCUGGUCUGGUCGUUUGCCCCGUAGAGCCUUACCAUGGAUUCGAACAACAUCCACGAAGUCUUUUGCCAACCAUAAAAUCUGCUGUAUCAUCCGAAGAAGUUGGUUAUGAAUGUAGUGAUGUCCUUAGUGUGCACCUAAUUUCAGUGAAUUUUUAUUUUUACUUCUUACAGCAAAAUAUACCAUUACCCCAUUAUACUUACAGAUAG